ACACAGCGCCGGUAAUUAAGACGAAUGUGCGCCGCGGCUCCGCCGGUAAUGAGUGAAGUGCCGGGAAUCCUGCACACAAGGAGAAAACUGAGGGCCAUGGCACUGACGGUACCCGCAUUGCAUCACGGACACGACACCCGGUACCCCGCUGUCUCCCUCCCACCUCCACUGGAGCCGACGAGGAGAUUUUAGCAUCUCAUUAUAGAGUUGCACAGUCCCAUGCAGCCGGGCUUUCAGUCGACCGGUCCUCGUCUCACCUGGUCUCUUCAGCAAGCCAGCAGCGAGCGGUCUGCUCCGCUGUGCGCGGCUAUGGAGGCGCAAAACCGGUAAUUACGCGCCGUGCUGACAACUUUGGUGCGUUGCUGUAUGGAUUGCGCAUCAGCAACAGGCCGGUUUCUUGGAUCUAUUGAGAUUUCCCUCCAUUGGAGUGACGUGUGACCACCGGGAGUCAUCCCUUUGCCCCGUCACAUCAUCAUUUAGCCCCUGCGCUGCAACCUGUAGCUCCGUGCCGUCUUUUCCCAGUCGUUGUUCCGCCAAGGCGCAAUGGAGGGACGCAGCUGACGGUUCUGAAUCCUUAGCCCGAGGAGGAGAGAAAUUGAAAAAGGAGAAGGCAGACUCAGGGGUAAAAGUAAGUAUGCUACGUCCUGAAAAGAUAGCUCACUGUCUCUGCUCUCUCUCUCUCCACAGUGUCCCUUGAACUUUUCACCGUAAGUAGCUCAAGGGCAAAUGGUAAUUGAAGGUCUGAUUGUGUUGUAGGGUCUCUGGUAUGGUUUCUUGGUUAUUGCUCUCACAUAACAGUUUUAUAUCUUGCCUUAUCAAAGUAAAAUUUGACCAUUUAGAAACUUGCCACAAAGGACAACAAUAAUGACAUUAAUGGUCCAUGUUUUGAUGUUGUGUAUCAAGGACUCGAGGACCUUAUAAAACUGUUAAUGUAUUUUCACUGAAGUGUAAGAAAAUGCACAUAUUGGUGACAGUAUUGUGCACUAAAUUUAAGGUAGCUUUAAAGUCACUGGGAAAAAAAGAAAUGGAACAAAAGUGGGAAUUUCUUCAAGGUUAUUUCGACAUAACCAACAUUAGUUACACUCAAUUUGUUGUUAAGCUUUUCCAAAACUUCCCAAAAUAAACCCUUUAAUAAUGUAAUUCAGUGAUCAUUUUGUGAUGCUUUCCAGAUUUUUUGAGGAGAAAACUUUAAUUUUCUCCUCACCAUCACAAAAAACUCUUAUAUUUGUGUACCAGUUUGGCCUCCAUGCGGCUGGUGGUAUAUUUCUAAAUACUCCUGUGGUGGAGACUGAGAGAUGUGGGUCAGUAUGCUGGGGCUCGGGGCUGCAGGGCACCCAGUUCUGCUAUUGCCAGGGCCACAUCAGCCCAGUCUGUCUGUGACUGCAAACUAUGUAAUCAAAUAAACUAUGUGGCGAUCUAGAAAGGGGAAGAUGGUGUGAGGAGAGGUUGCAUGCCCAUGGUUGCAUUUGUUCCUGAGGUUUGAGAUUUGUGAAUGACUAUACCUCAUGUAUGUGAGAGCCUGCUCCCCCACCGAUCAGUCAGUGGUCUCACAGGGCCAAGCUCAUUCUGGUGCCUGUGGUCCAACGCUUUGCUUUGAACUGGUUGCCUAGUCAACCUCCAAUCAGGUACGCUCAGGUGUAGAACUGUUUUAUCUGACAGCAUGUCGAGGCUCUGACUCCCAGAGGUAAAGCAUAGGGAGUGUGAUAUUCAAAUGCAUGCUGGCCGGAGACCAGAUUGUUUAAUGUAAUGCCAUCUAUUUGAAGCUUUAUUAAUUACUUUUGCUUUGGUGAAGGGAUUUAAAACAAUGACUGCUUUAGUCCCGCUAAGCUUUAAACUUCCUGAAUUUCCAGUCCAGCGGUGGGAAUCUUGGCAAACAUGAAGGAUAUUUGGCUCCUGAGAAGCAGCAGUGAAUCCUUGGAAGAGUGGUUAUCUCUCAGGUGUGAGAGUCACUUGGCACCACAUCUUCAAGUGCAACAGAUUUAGCUGCCAGUGUGUAGCACCUUCUAAAAGGUUUCAGUGAAAGCCCAGAGAGAUGAGCUUACAGUAUCAUAAUACACGUGUCAUCUGAGGAGAGGAUGUGAAAGUGUCAAAAUCCUUCAUGUGUGAGCUUUCAGUGUCGGAUACAAACGUCUUUGUGGAUUGCCUUUGCAGGCACACACAUGCAGACACAGAUAAACCCAAAGAAUUUUAUGGACCACUGAUGGUGCUUCAGCUCUGGAUAUGCAGCUGCUUCUGUAAGCCACAUAUUCUGAGUAUUGGGUUCAAGUUUUGCUACUUCUGUCCGGUUGAAGGGUUAGGGUUAGGGUUUCUGUCCUCAAAGGGCUUUAUAAGACAUUCACAGCUAUGCUCAAUUCCAGAGGGAGCAUCGCCUUAUAUCCACAGUGCUAAGUGUUUUGGUUUGCUGCACCCAGUGCCUCACAUGACAAGAAUAGUAAAGUAGAAAGAGUUUGCUUUUGCGUGUACUUUAAAGUUUAUUGCUGUGCUGCCCGCCUUCUCCACUUGAUGCAACUGACAGGUGGGUAUCUCAGAUCAAAGUCUCAGAUGUGUCUCGUUUUAAGUUUAUCAGACCAAUGGUAAUGUUUUAUGAUCUGUAAAUUAGUUCAGAAGAGAGGAGGGAGUGAGUGAAGGAAGUCUAUUUCCCUUCUUACUUUACUGUAACACAUUAGGGUUUCCUCUCUUUGCAACUGGCAUACUGCCUGGCUUCUUGGUGAGUGUUUUCACUUGUUUUAACAUGUUACGGGAAUAACCCAGUAUGGAGGAGUCUUCUACCAGGCAAAUAGUUUCCCCCUGUGGAUACAGAGGAGCUGAAUAUCAAUUUGAAAACUCAACUUAUCCCACUACAGGCAGUUGAUUUAAUCUGAGAUUUAGUAAUUCUCCCCAUUUACCAUGUCGGCUUCAUGGCCGUGAACAGCUCCUUAAUAUCUUUUUUUCCUUAGGGUCACUCUUUGAAACCUUGAGAUCUCAACUUCACGGUCUAAGGCUGCAGUGUGGCAUUACAGAUGAUCAACUAGGUGCUUUGCAAUAGAAACAUCAGAGCCUGAAACUCUCUUUCCCCUCCAGCUAUGUUAAAAGACUGUAGACUGUAGGUUUUCUUUCCUUUUUUUAAACAAUAAAUCACCUUUAACACUCAACCCUACUGAUGAAUUAACCCGUCACAGAUGCAAGCUCACCUAAACCCCAGUAGCCUUUUUGUUGAAGGAAAGCAGUCGCUACAAUCUUAUUUAAUGCAUUUAUAACAUUCCUGGAAUUGUUGUAUAUCAGUCAUACCUUUCAUUCAUCCCAAUGCCUCCUUCUUUUCUUCCUUGCAAUAAUUGCAGUGUGAUCAACAGCUGUGCAAGAUUUAUUAGUUCCAACUUUAGCAUAGUAUUUUUUGAAUGAUAUGCUCAGAGUCGCCGUGGUUUCAUAUGCACAAACAAUCGGAGAAUACACUGAAUUGCACCGCCGACCAGCUAUUGCUGAGUGCCGUAAAAAUUCCACAAAUAUGUAUCAUACUCAUAUAGCUGACUCCAUUAUUUCCACUGGCUCUGUGAGUGAGUGGAAUUUGCUUUCACAGCAUGAUCAUGCAAAGACAUUGUUCGGAGACGAGUCAUUUUCCUCCUUUGCCUUGUUUGCUGGGGCAUACGUGAACACAGCAAUUGCACACAGAUGCUGCACAAAACAACUGAGCCUAGAUCAUUUUGAAGAAGAAAGAGACGUCUGGAGCUUUUCAUUUUGCAGAGAGAAUGCUAUGAACCCAGCAGCUAUAGAGCAAAUAGCUGCUUGACACUGCGGUAGUAGUGGUAUGAUUACAACUGAUAGUGAGUAUUGGAAAAGUGAUGGGCUCGUGUUACUUACUAUCUCCAUCAUUAGCAGAAAAGCUAGAGCCAGAGGGAGCAAAGACAGGACUCAACAACAUCUUUAGAUUCAACAGCUGAUUUAGUUCAGAGGAUGAAGGGGGAUCUUUCUCACCACCAGAACCUCCACUCCACAGCCAGGCUGGUCUGAUACCUUUACUUACUGCUGUUGGAGUCUCUAGCCAUCACGCAACACUGCUUAGUGAAGUAUCUGAGCCCUUCUUAUUUGUGACCUGCCUCACAAGUUUGUAAACUUGUGUGUUUUGUUAGUGGCUCCCAACAUUGACAAAUAUGCUCAUCUGCCCGAAUGUUGAUGAUAAAGCAUUUGGACAGAUGAUAACCGAGUCAACCAAUGACUCACUUUGUUGGUAGGUCAUGGUUUACUAUAACGCAGAGUGCCACCAUUUGUUAACCUACUAUACACUGAGAAAAGAAAACUGUGAAGUAAUGUCAUACAAGUGGUACUGUGAUGGUUUGUUCCUACUUAAAGGGAUAUUCCGGCAUAAAAUUAAGUUAGGGUCAAACACAUCGUAACACAGAGUUAGACACCCCGUCGAGAGAUGAAUGUUGCCGACCGCUUGCUUCUCUCGUUAUACCAACUUUAGUAACGACCGCAGAUAGCAAUACACAGAGCCACACGCUCAACCAAAACACCACUCUAUAGCCACAAAUACUGCUCAGAACAGCACCUAACUUCAUCAACAUUACAUAUAGGGUCCUAGCCACAGCAUCAGCCACCAAACAUCUUUUUAGCUUUGUCUAAUUUAUUUAGCAAACAGACUAAACACAACUCACCCUCUCUCUUCUUGCAGCCACUUGUUUGCACGGAGACCUCCAGGUGAGUCCAUCGACUGCAGCAGGGGGACGCAGAUCAAGGAAGAACAUUUAUGAUCAUUUCCCCAUGGAAAUGCAAUCAGACCGAGACGCUAAGGCAGAAAAACUACCGCGUCUGCAGUGCAAAAUGAAUAAUAUGGGGAUUAGUACAUCAAGGAAAUGAUAAAGUAAUGAUCAUAAAUGUUCCUCCUUGAGCUGCGUCCCCCCAAUGCAGUCGAUGGACUAUCCCUAUCCCUUCAGUGAUAUUGUUGACUUGCUGUUAUCCUACCUAUGUUUCUCUGAAUCUUCCAAACAUUUUUUCUUGACCUCAUGAUUGUUGGAAAAAUUCAUAGUUGAUGAAUUUUUUGAUGGCAUCAUUUACAUCUCAAGUUUUACAGAGACAAGAUAGUCUGUGCCCAAUUUGUACUACCUUUGCAACCAUGGAGACAGGGCAUAUACGACCAAGGGCAUCUUAUUGGCUUCUGGUUUCUUAUACCUCCAGUGAGCUGCAGUGACAAGGCUUAGGCUGCACAAGGGAGAUAUGCUAUACACUGGGUCCUUAACAGAUUCCUGCUAGGUCUGAGGCUCAGGCUGCUUUUGAAAGAGGCAGGUUGUCUCAUGUGUACCUACCCAUUUCUUCAAACUGCUCAGCAAGCCCCUGAUGUUGCCGGUUCAUUUGCUCCUGGAUAGAGUUUGAUGGCCGUGAUCCUAGAGUAUAGACCUUGUGCUGCAGCUUGUGGCCUCAUCUGACCUUGAACACCUGCUUAUCUCUGGAUAACCUCCUACCUGGUUGCUCUUUGCUGUCAGUUGGAGGAUAUUUGCUGUGGUAUGGGGCUCACAUAGCGGUGCCACAGGGUUCUCCCUCUGUGUUUGCUGUCUUUGCUGGACAAGAAGCUGUGCUUUUUCUGUGAGGGUCAUUAAGUCAGCAUUGUUUCAGAGGGCUGAUGGUGGGAUGCUCAUCUCCUGCAGUCAUGAGCUGAAUUGCUCCUGGUGGCAUAUCCACCACACAGAGUGGGAUUGACUGGCACUUAACACUGCAUGCUCUGCGAUAGUGCAUUAAUAUCUGUGUGAAUGUGACAAGUGAUGAGAUGAGGCUAGCAAAAGGUGUUGUUAGAGUACACGUUCAUUUACUACUCACAUUUUGACAAUGUAAUAUUGGAUAAAUAUCCAGACUGCAAUGUAGUGGCAAAAAUGUCAGGUUUAAUACGUUCUCUUUAUGCAUGUGCUGUAACUUUCAGGGCACUGGAGUGUUGCCUUGGCCUCACCCAUCAUUCUUGCCAAAAAGUUUGCUGCUAUACGCUUCAGUAAAAUUAUUGAGCUCAUGAUCUCUCACGCUUGCAUGGUUUCAGCAGAACUGCUCCGUUAGGUGAGGGCAUUAAGGUAAUAUACAAAGGCAACUUCCCGGGUGACCCUUCAUGGACUGUCUUUCAGUGAGGUUUGUAGAGCAGAAAUCUGGGCCACAUUUUUCACCUUUACCCAUUUCUACAGGGUUAAUAUCACUGCCUCUCACGCAGUGGGGGCAGCAAUCUUUCAGGAACCUGCAGGUCGUUCCAGGUGAGAGCUCUUACAGAAAUUCCCACACAAGAACAGAAAGCAGCUUUUUGGGGCCUUUUUUCUGAGACAGUUUUGAAUCAUAUUGAGGUAUUUGGAAAUAAGAAGACAUGAACAUCAACACAGCAAAGACGUUUUAUAAAAUAAGCUGAAUUAAAAUGAGAUAUAUGAUACUCAGUUGGAACAAUAGACUGUUUAACGAAUGGACAUUGUCUGCCUCCUUGCUGGGUGAAGCCACUCCGAGAACAGCGCCCUCUGUUGACGGGCUGAAGUAUAGGUCAUAAAUCCCGCCUCUGCCAGCAAAGCUUAUGGAGCUGUGGACAAACUUUAUUACGCAGAAUAUAAUUUUUCCCCCCCUGCUUGCGAUGUUGACAUGCAGUUAUUGUAAGACUGGUUUGUGCUCAAGUCCUCUUUUUUCUGUACAGCUCAGUUUUUAAAAAUUAUUAGGGGGUUCAUGUUUUCUUUGAUUGACACCUGAUACAACCUAUGCACGUACGAAGAUUGUGUAGCUCACCCGGGGGAUACGCAGUUUGAGCCAAGCAUCAUCACAGUGACUCUCCCACCGAACGCGUACAACGCUACUGCGCAAUGCUAGUUUCAGGAAGUGGAGAGAAAACGCGGAAAUACUGAGAACUUUUUGGCUUCAGUCCAUAGUAUAUACAGUCUAUGGUUGGAACUAUUAAAACUCCUCCAAUUCCUCCUGAACUUGAAGUCAGGACCUCUUAUCUGGUGCUGACUUGAUUCUGUUUGUUUUGUAACUUGCUUGAAUCUAUGACAGGGCAAAAGUGAAUCACUUUACUGUCCCUUUAAGAUCAACUGAUUCACUGACUGAAAUUCAAGAAGGUGUAAUGAUAUUUAGAAAUAUGAAACAGAAUCCUAAAAGUUCACCUUAGUUGCAUGUAUCCUGAUCUGGUGCAGUGAGAGAGGAGGAUUAAGGAGCCUAGAUCACACACUGACCUUAAAGAAAUACAGAUACGUUAGACAGUAUUGUUUAUUUGUUUGUUAAAAUUAUCUUUAUCUUUUUUUAGUUAUAGGAGAGCAUAUGUUUUAAACUAGAGCUAAGUCUAGACUCCCUUUAAAGGGGAAACGUCCAAGUAUUGUAUGGAUAACUUUCUAAAAUCGAGGCAGAGCUGUGUCCACCUAACAUGAGCCUCACCCUGUGAAUUACUCAUCACAGUCGAUCAGGCCAGCGAUGACUCAAAUCCUCUGCAAAGGACAGCUGAGUCCUUCAUAAUGACCACGCAGGAGGAAAAAAAAAAAAAACCUCCACAUGACAGUUUGUCCAAACAAUCCCUGCACCUGCACAUGCCUCCACGCGAGAGAGCUCACAAUAAAAAGAGCAUCAAGUCCACCAACUCCACAGAGAGAGACGGCAGCACGGUGAGAGUGGAGGAGGAGGAGGAAGGAGGCGGUGUUUUGCAGUCAAACCGCACCGCUGCUGCUGCUCCUCAUACCGCUCUCAUCUGGCACACACGCGCACCAACACACACAUACAUACGCACACACACGGUAGCGGCGGCGGCGGCGCUUUGCAGCACGCAGGAGAGCUCCUGCACAGAAACCUGUUACUCUGUGCUCAUGUGAUGGCCGGUUACCGCGCCGCUGAGCCCCUCUCCUCCUCUUCCUCCUCCCCCCAGUCAUCCGCAGAUUAAGUAGCGGGCUACCUGCGCUCCAGAGUCUCGGUUUUUGCUGUCUUAAUGAGGAUAUUGCGGCAAUGGUGAAGGACAAGGCCGAGGACCGGACGCUUCAGUAUCAGCAAACUUUGGUGAGUGGCACACGAGGUCAUGGAUGAUGUUUUGUGUCGGGCAUGUAAGUGAUUUCAUGGAUGCCAGUUCGGCCAGAGGAUGGAGAAGCAGCUGCUCGAUGCUCAACGGUGUCCUGUUUGAGAACACGAGGAAAUGUUCUGCUUUUUCCCCCCUCUAAUUUGAUCGAAUAUCCCCUCAAAAAUCCGUAAAAAAUCGACUUUACCAGCUUAUUUGUAGGUCCUCUGCUGUGCCUCCCCCUAUAAUCAGUCCCAACUCUUCCUUUUUCACAUUGAUCCACAGGUGUUGCAUCACUCUCAGCCUCAGACCGGCCCACCUCAAUAAUUAAUUCUUAACAAUUUGAAAUUCACCAAACCAUGUCAGAUUAAUUUGUUCAGCCUGAAGAAGUGCAUGUGUGGUUAUAUCUGAUCACUUUAUGUAUGGAUUAAUGGCUCUGUAUUUGGUGUUAAUACCCUUGAAAUACAAGAUUAGAGCUCUCCCAGCUCUCAUGUAUUUCGCUCACGUCCUGUGUCGACCAUACCUCCUCUAUUCUCUAUUUCUAUUUCUUGUCCCUCCUUGCCCCCUCUAAUUGUGUAUAUCUCUGUCCCCUUCCCCCUGGUUAUUUGAGUCCCCAUUCCUCCAUGUAUGAACAAAAAAAAAGUGAAUGUGUCUGAAUUUUAAUGGUCUCAUGCACCAGUUUUCUUAACCAAUGUAAUUGCAGGACUGACAGUGACAGUGAUACCCUGGAGCCCCAUUCAGGCAAAUCUAUAUUCAGAUAAAGGGAGUGAUAUGCAGGCAGAUUUCAAGUGCCCUUGUCUGUCUUUCCCCUCUGUUUCCAUGCAUGCAUCUUCACGUAGAGCAGAAUAUAUCACUUCAUUUUCCUGCAGCUGUGAUGUACCCAAGUGGUACAGAUGUGUUUUUCUGCUCUCAUUGGUGUGAAGAUCAAUACCAAGUUGUGUGUCUCAGAGUGAAAGAUCAAUAGUAAUGUAAAAUGGCAGUCAGUGUCUCUAAGGAUCUGAACGUGCUGUCUGCUCCCCUCUCUUUGCCUCUUUGACCACAGCUCUUAGAUCAAUGGCUUUAUUAUCCACUCCCUGUGUACCAGUCCAUUAUCCCAAAAAUAGAUGCAUGUGUGUGUCUGUGUUCUUGCACAUGCAAGCAAUUGUGCAGCAUGUGUCCUGAUACUUCUCCAAGAGCAAAGUGGCAGCACUAUUCCUCAAUUACCCUGCCACAGGCCAAAGAAAGCAUCUGUGAUUUUCCUCCUAGAAAACUGAAUGACAUGUAGGGAUAAAUCAGAUAAGCGAAGGCUCUCCGCGUGUCUCGUCGUCGUGGCUGCGGUCUAAAAUUGGAUUCUAAUGUUGACAAAAGGAUCCUCUGUGUUUUAUUGUUUGCCUUCAGCAAGAUUCAGAAGAUUCCCAGUCAUGUGAUUGCUUGAAUUUCAGCAGCACAGAGCCACUUGUGCUGCAGCAGGACUGUGCAGAUGACACAGAGCAGAUAGACAAAAAUGGAGAUUUCUGCGAUAACUUCUUCAGUGCAGAAAUGUCACUUUCUCUUUCGCAGCUGUUGUGCUAAAAAAUGACCUUUCCCCUUUGCGUUAUAGCAUAUUGCAGGAAAUAAUGUUUUGUUUAUAUUGUAUAAGGUGAUUAACUGUUAUGUUUGGCCAGAAAACAGAACAAGACUGAUUAAUGACUUGUUAUGAUCAGUGAGCUUUACUGUGACAAUUCAUUAACAUAAAUGUGGUGGGUAUCAUAUACGAGUGAAUAAUUGAUUUAAUUAGAGUGCGAGUGGCCAUAAUUACAUUUCUAUCCAAGGAAAAUCAUCUUGAAAGGAAAACAAAUAUUUGAUAUGUUAAUGACAUCCAUCCAUAUUUUUUACUGCAGUCCUGUUGCUGUACUUUCCACGACUGCAGUAAACAGAUUUCCUGGAAAGCAUUUCACACUCUAACCUCCCUGAAGUCAUUACGGAAAGGGAAGAGUAAAACAGUGAAUAAACACGCUAUUUAUAGCCAUCAAUGAAUAUGAGUGUAGUGACUUAUUGUUUCACAUCGCAGGUGUUAUUUUCUGGUUUCUGUGUUGAGAUGCAGGAUCCUUUAAAGCAUCAGCUGAUAGUCACAAAGCAACCAGGCUCUGGUGCAUGGGUAACCGGCUUCUACAGCUGUCAGGUGCAGUGCAUGCUGGGAUAGAGAGGCAACAGCCGUCUGCGUUCUUGGCGUCACGUGGGUAUAGAGCAGGUAAAGGGGUGAAGAUACAGGACUUGUCAAAGUGUUGCAGCCCUCCAUCAUCCCUUUUUUUCAGAGCUGUGGGAGGUCUGAAUGUGUCACAGGCAUUUUUCUUGUGCGAGUUAUCUCCUGUGUGAAGCGUGUGGGCAAGUUUGCUCUAUAGGUCUUGCAUGUACAUUUUUUUCUCUAAGUAUUUGUGCUUGGUGGUGGGUGUUUUCUGCACCUACAUAUAUGCACCUGCUAUCAAACACAAGCCUAAAUGAGUGUGUGUGUUAGGUCUCUGUCAAAGCAGGUGUUAAAGUGGGUAUGUUCGUGUCCUCCCAGCAGUGGGGAGCUCGAGAGUUUGACUGCUGCAGUUAUCAAAGUAAUGAUCCACCUGAACAGGAAAAGCUGCCACUCCACACCACUGCUCACACCAGCCCCACCCCCACCCCUCACCACAGGGCACUGCAGCACCACAGACAUGAUAUAUUGUCCACAAUCUGCUGUGUUUUCUGAUGUAUGCGUGUAUGUGUGUGUGUGUUUUUGAGCAUCAUUACAUGCUAAUGAGAAUCAAUCUGCACUCCUGUGUACCUGUACCCUGUGUGUUUUGAGAGGUUAACCGAAUACUUAAAUCCCUCAUUGAGUUUAAUUGGCUCAUUUAAAAUGCUAGUUUGCCUAGAUAAAUGGAUUUUUGUGGGAUCGCUCCAUCCGCAGAUAACUCAAAAGAAAACACAAAGUAACUGUCUCUAAAACAUUUCUUUCUUUACAAACUCACACUUGAACACAGUUGAAUGUACUUGUAUUUGCUCGCUGUUAUCUUACAUAAUGCAGCAUCCGGACACAGAUUGCCUCCUGAACAGCAGUGAGAAAGCACUCUUUGCACAGAAAACUGUUCUGUGAGAUCUGUUGUCUCUCUCUCUUCUCUUUUGUAUUGUUUGGUGUAUUGUGUCAGCGACCAGUUGGGUUGGUAAAUAUGAGCAUGCUGUUAGCGGUUUUACUGCCAUCAUUAUCUAGAACUAGACUGUGCUACCAUACAUCUCAUCGCCAUUUGGUGCAGUUAUCGAGAAGAGAAUCCAUGUCCUUUAUGAUGAUGAAAACUUAGAUAUUUGGCCAGAAAUUGAGUAUCAUACAUUUCUCUGUGUAUCUUUUUCUCCCUCUGUCGCUGUCACACACACACACUCACACACACACACAAAAGCGCUGUCUCUUCAGGGGGUUUGGUUCCUCGUAGUCAGCAUUCUGUCCGUUCUCGCAAACAGAAGCUGGCUUGAGUCCAUUUAAGGUCCUGUCACUUCCAAAUAGCUGUUACCUGCACACCACUGAACGGGACAUUGCAGAGACUGCAGACAGAAAAAAAUCAAUCUUAAUUCAUUUGACUACUAAAAUAGACCAUCCCUGUUGUAUACUGUAUAGUGUGAUCACAAAAUUAAAAAAAAGACACCAUUUGCUUACGCUGUACUCUGUAAUUGAAUUGCUUAAAGAGAAGAGUGCCGGUGAAAUGGGACUGAGAGGUAUCGCUGAAAUAGCUUAAAUACUGAAAUCCUUAGAUAAAUUAGUGAAGAUGUGAAAUCAACAGUGGUAUGAGAAGUAUUAAGAUUCAUCAUUAAAUAGAUAAAGAUAACAUGCAUAAGUAUAACCAAACAUUACAUAUUUGUCAUCUCUAAUGACCCUUUUUUCUUGAGUACCAAAUGUUGAUACUAACCUUAAACAGUUUCAGGUGCAUGAACAUUGUUGUCGUACUUCAAUGCUAUGUUUCCUGUAUUUCAGUCUAAUUGGGAUCAUUGUUUACAAAAUUAAUAUUAUAUUGUAAUUGGGAUUUUAAAGCGUUCAGUGAGAACAUUAUCUCUUGUUCAAAAAGUUUAAGGUCGAGUGUUUGACUUGUGUUGUUUUAUAUAAUCUGACUUCUUUGUGCAAAUAGGUGAGUGUCCCCCUGCUGGCCGUAGGUAGUAAUUAAAAUUUGAGACAUCUUACUUUGGAUUCACUUCUGAAACAGAGCGGCUUCAGUCAUUUUAGUUGAUGGUUGCAUGCUAGCUGCAAACUCUAAAACUCAAAGCUUUGCAUUUUUGACCCCAGCCUUCAGUUUCUUAUUGAAAUAAAAAACUUCAGAUGGAAGGCUUCAAAGUUUCCCCUCUGAUUCUGACAGAGUUUAAUGGCUGAAUACUGUGUUUAAAUGAGUCCAGGUGGAAAGAAGAUUUUAGAGAGUUGUCUAUCCAAGAGGCAUUAUAAAACAGUAGACCAUAGACUGUAUAUAGAAUGGACAGCGUCUGCCUCCUUGCGGGGUGAAGCCACUCCAAGAACAGCACCCUCUGUUGAUGGGCAGCAGUUUAAGUCAUAAAUCCAGCCUCUACCAGCAAAGCUUAUUGAGCUGUGGACAAACUUUGGAAAUUUAUUACACAGAACAUAAAUUGGUUAAACAUUCACCUCUGUGGCUCAAGUGGAUUUUCUGUGCAUGAUAAAGUCAACGCAAAGAGGAGCUUUCAUGGUGGACUACUGGAGCUACCUUGUAGAAAAAUUAGAGAUUUUCAAUAUUAAACUUGUGAAUUUACUGGAAUAAAGUCUUAGAUUUAUGAGAAAAAGUGAUAUAAGGGAUUUUGGCCUGUGGUUAGCUUGUAUUUUAUAUAGUAUAGUAUACUUAGUGUAUUUUAUAUAGUAAGUAUUAACUUUAUAAAAAAACAAAGAAGUCCUCCUUAUUUUUAGCAGCACCACAUUGUCAUAAGCAUCAGGAUUUUGAGCCGAUUGUGCAAGAAACUGGGUCUGUUUCAAAGAAGAGUAGGCUAAUAGGCAGCCGGAGCUCGAUUCUGCGACAGUCAGCUGUUCAGUUCAACCCCUCAUGAUGAUCUUUGGUCCUCAUGUCAGUGAAGGCAGUAGCUGGUUACCCAUCAUCCAUACUUUUGCCUGUAUAGAUCAGCCCCAGCCAAUAAGUACAACUUCCUCCAAGAUUUACAAUGUUAAUCUCGGACUUUAUUGUCAUAAAUUUGCCACUUUGUUAUUGUAAAAUUUGUCUUUUUUAUUGCAGAAAACAUAUGUGGUAAUAUCACUUUGUUUUCGUGUCAUGUGGAUCAAACUACACCACCAUCUGAGCUACUGUAUGCUGAGAUUUUCUAUGUUUUAUAUAUUAAAUAAAAAUGUAUUCAACUUGAGGAACCAUCACAGGAAAAACAAGAUCUUUCAGGUCUCUAAAGUCUCUGUUUAGAUUCUUCUCAUUUUCAACCUGUUGCAAACAUAAGUCUUCCUGAUGCAUAAAGAUAACCAGCCCCCUUUUUUCUGCCUGAAAAGCUGUCACCCCCUCAGCUUGAUCCUUUGGUCUAUCUGACAUCAUCCCUCGACACUCUGCUAUCAGCUGUGCUUCUUUCUUUUAUAAGAGUGUGUUUUUCGUUCACGCUUGUGUGCACCAGUCUAUGUGACAGCGUCAAGGUUUCUCUUGUGUUCUGCACCGUGUGAAAUCUUGCUUUAUUUAGGUAUUCAAAAAGCAGCCUCGGUUACAUACAUUAAUGUCAAUGUAGACAGCCGGAUGAGUCAAAUUUGUCACUUCAUCCUCUGAUUUAAUUUUCAGUCUCGUCCCUGGAGGGUUGAGGACAUUAGUCCGAGUGCUUGAGUCUUCCUGUCAUUACCCUGACGGUCUCAUCAAUACACCCUCGGCUCAUUUAAGUAAUCACACCUCCUCAACAGUAUGUAGGAGUUAAAGGUCUAAAGCAUCAAUCUUUGCCUCUGCAGUGAUGAUGGGUCCUUUACUCUCUCUUACUGCGAAAAAAGAAGAGAUUAAAAUCUCCUUAUGAAUAUUUAUCAAUUCAAACCAGCAAGGACAAAAGUUUUAGAUGUUUAAGCCUUCAUAGUAAAGUGUCAAAUAUUUGUCCUUGCUGCAUCUUUACAAUGAAUAAAUUAUCCCACAGAGCCCUGGGAAUUGCUGAAUAAUAAAGAACUUUUUUUAUCUCAUCUGUUGUGCAAAGAGGGCACAUGAUUUGACUUAAAGCAAGGUGGUAAAGUGAGUGAUGAUGCUUUAGGUGCAGGGAAGGGUUACGCACAUACAAGGCUUUACAAAUCCAUUAUAGAUUUCUUUUUCUCUCGCUCUUUUUAACAAGAUACCUAUUUUUAAAUCAUCAGGAUCUCAUCUCUUAAGAAGUGUGCAACGGUGUGUGAAAUCAAUAUUGAUCUGUUGAAGGAAAACUGGAAACAGUCUGUGUUUAUCAGGUCUGCACUGAUUUGGAGGUUAUUUUGAUGAGUGAGUUAAAUGAGCGGGAUGAGAUAAUGAUAAAACAAAUUCUUGUCUGAUCUAUUAAACUCAAUGUACAGAUACAGUAUUAUCUAUAUCUGUACAUUCAGCGUACAAAUCAUGCAUCUGUCACACAAUGGGAUAGCUUUUAUUUAUUUAGCAUAAAAUUAGGGUGACCAUAUUCUGAAUCCCCAAAAAGAGGGCACUAUUACGCAGGGCAGAGUUGUGCACAAAAUUUUGAGGGUAUUUGGGUUAGGGUUAGGUAAUGCCACACAAACUCACAACUUCCAUUAGUGGAUUUUUUAAACUCCCCCUGGAGAGGCCGGACAGCCACCCAAAAAGAGGACAUGUACGGUUAAAAGAGGACGUAUGGUCACCUUAGCAUAAAUUCUACUUAACGCACUAUCUAAAUCAUCAAAUAACAAGAUGAAUUAAUAAAACUGAAGGAUUAAUUAAUUCAGGUUUAAAUAUUUGACAAGUUUCCAAUAGUUUAACAACACCCUAACAGCACCCUUCAUUUGACCAUUUCCCAGGUAGCGAAAACAUUUUUUUUUUGAAUGGUAGGGGAAGGUCCCGCCCUCCUUCGCCUCUGAUUGGCUAGACAUGCUGGGCUCCGAUUGGUUAUUCCUAAUGGCUGUGAAAUGCCAUCAUCUGUCAGGUUAGGAUUAGGGUUAGGGUAAGGGUUAGGAUUAGGAUGAGCGUUACGGUUAGGAGAUUCAUAAGUGUGAUAAUGCUCUGUAAUGUUCUGUUCGAUGUUCAGAGCCGACAGCCCACGUUUGGCUUGAGCGUGUGAUGACGUUCCAGCUUUUCUAACCAAUGAGAGGCAAAGAAGGCGGGACUUUCCCCUACCGUCCUACAAAGAAAAAUAUUGUGCCCAGGUAGCUUCUGUUAAUGGCUAGCGUUUAGCUUGCUAAUAGCUAAAUUUGCUCCAAACGUUUAAUCUAGGAAUUGGUUCAUUUCUACUGUUAGCUAUCGUAACUUCGCUUUUAGAAGCUCAUUGGAUAUGGAUUGUUAAACAGCAAUAUUUGCAGUAGUGCUACCCAAGAAGUGGUUUAAUUCUACUGUUAGCUCUUGGAAGCUAACGGUCUGAGGAAACAGUCUUCCAGAUACUUAUUAACUAAGAGGCAGAGAAAUUAGGACAGCUUUUCAGACUCGCUUUUGUGUGCGAACCAAAAGUAGCUCACAGAAUCAUAAGAGUGCUCGAUCAUCCUGUGCGUUGUGUGAAGUCAGAGGAAAAUGCGAGUGGGGCAAUCAUGGGGGAAGUAUCCAGAACCUAAAGACCAAAUACAGUUAUCAGGCUGGUACAAUUACAGAAUCACCAUAUGGUAACUUUUUUUUGUGACUUAUUUAUCUAUGAAACUUUCUCCCAGUGAAAAUACUGUUUUAAGAAAGCUGUCCUGCUUGUUUAUUUUCAGACUGAGGCCCAAUAACUACAGAGAAGAUAGUCCAAGUUUGAGCGCUCUGUCAACUCUAUUCUACCUCAAGAAACAAUAAAUGUAGAUCUAGUUUCUCAUGGCAGAAGCUUUGGUUGUCAAUAACCUUAAAUAGAGAAAAGCUAGAAUGAAAGCUGAACGUUAUCUUCUCACACAAAUGUGGGAAAUGCUUUUCUAAAUCAUGAAUGGAUAGAGGGUUUUAUGCUGAAUAGAUUCUCAGUAUUAAUGCAGAUUUCUCUAUCGUCCCUGGAGAGAUGGUGUAUCACAGUUUGCUCCUCGUAUAGAGUUUCGGAUGUGUUUUAGGAGGCAAAAAUAUCAAAUAAUAAUGCUGAUCAAAUGAGAAGAUAAAAAAAGAAGGGGAAUGAGGACAUGAGCCAAGUUUGGAUGAUUGAUGAGUGACUCAGUUUGAAACAGUUAGGCAUGAGUGCUGCCUGCUCUCAAGCUUCCUCUGUUGUUGUCCAAAUGAAGAUUUUCUGACAUUUUAGGUCUCUGGUUGUCUUGUGAAAUCAUUUCGGAGCAAAUUUAUCUCUGCAGACACCUCAGUAUAAAACAAGUCAGUUAUGUCUUGUUUUGAAGCUGAAGCUGAUCUGUGUUGUAGGAGGUGAAUUGACUAAUGUAGAUACAGAAGUUGGUCACAUGGGAGGUAAACUGGUUACAGAUAACAGCUUAUUUAACCCACAAAGUACCACCUGCUGCUCAGCCAGGGGGGGCCGCGCUCCAGAUGGCUGGUGACUGCUUUCACACAGGCCAAAGAAAGAAACGUUAACCCGGCCUGUUUAUACAUCCUGUGGGUGUUUGUUUGGUGCUGCUCGUGGGCUUGUGUGUGUCUAUAGUCUAUGUGUAGGCGCAGAAAAAAUUACCAAGAUGCAAGAUUGAGUUGGAAAGUUGAAAUGAAAACGAGACACUAAGAAGGAAAACCAGAAGUAUCCCCUAUUGAAUCACCAGUCAGGGUCUCGAAAGUUGACAGAUGUGGUUCUUUAAUUUGUGAGAGACGACUCUGGUUACAGGAAUGCUGAGGUAAAGAUGCUAUAUAAACUGCUGUCAUUUUUGUGUUGAAAUAGCCUUUAACAGUUAGGUAAUUAUUCUAACAAAUCUAUAAUCCAAUAAAUCAGAUCAUAAAAGUCGUGCAGUUGUGUGUGAUGUAUGUUGUCACAACCACAACUCUACAAAGCAACUUAAAUCAGUGAAGAAAGUCAGUACACGUAGUUUUUAUUCACCCUGUGGCCUGAAUGACACCAGUACAAAAACAGUAUAAAUCAUAUGAAGAUGGCAGCCCUCGUCCCUUUUUCCACUCUUUAGUCUGUAUAAGUGAAGUACCAAAAUUAUUAUAAUUGCCAGAUUGUGAAGAAAAAACCCAAAACAUCAUUUCCCUAAAACACCCCAGCAAAGUCAGGGUUGUGUGAUCCAAAGCACUGAAAUCUCUUUAACCAACCAUCACUUAUUCCUGUUCUCUUCCUGUCACAAUUUACCUCAACUGUAAUAAUGCACAGAGUAUGUCAGUAAAAGUACAAACUAACAAAAGCUGAAUUUUUGUCGAUAUAUUGAAUGAGACUGAAAUUAAAUCAGAUUAGAGCUCUUAUUUUGCGGUGUAAAUGGCUGUGUUUGGUUAAUUUCAAGUAUGCCUAACACAUGCAGAUCUGUUUACAUUCACUAGUUUGCCUUAAUUGACAGCUUUUUUUCUUAAUCUGCAUCAAAAUGUGUUUACAUUUCCCUCCCCUGACAUGUAACUGCAUGCUUAUCUGCAGCUGUUAGUGUUUGGUAGCUGAUUCCUUUGGGAUGCAGCUUAUAGAUUGUGUUUUUUUUUUAAUCUGAAUAUGAUGUAUAGCCAUAUCUUCCUUAAUCGCCUCCCAGCAAGUGGGAGGUUAAAGUGGAGGAAUAUGAGCACCCCUGACAGCGUGGUUCUCUUUUCGACAUUCAGACAAUGAAACUCUGCUUUCCCUCUGCAUCGCCUGUUCAUGCGAGCAGAAAGAGCGAGUCUGGAGGAGUCGUGAUGCCCAUCUCAAUGAGAGGAAGGGGGGGGUGGGGUGAGGGGGUGGAGGAGUGUGAGUGGGACAAAAAGAGGGGUGGUGCGCAGAGCAGCGGAGGAGAGAUGUUGCAAGUUGUAGCAUACACAGAAACCUGGAGGGACUGUUAUCAAAAAAUAACGAGGGGGAGACGGAAACCAGCAGCGAGCCUGCAGGAGUCGUGAUGCUCAUCGUAAUGUAGCAGAAACAGAUCAGUGGUGAAAGACAGGGAAGGUAAAAUAAACCUCUGAAUCAUGUUCAUGCCACCAACCCUGGAAAACUGUAUACAGCUGAAGUUAACACUGCAAUGAAACCUACUCAUUUUCAUACCUCACCAUUCAUUUUCAUGUCUCACAAUGCAGCGUGGACAUGCAAAGUGUCCAGCUGUAAUGCGACCUUGUGAUUUCUCAGCAGAGUUGAAGAGGGUAGUAUUACUUUGCAACUUCACCGCCGCUGCACAAAAGCCAUCUCAGCAAAAAAUUAAGCGAGCGACCUUCAAAAGAUCAAUUCAGACAAGCGACAGUUGUUAACAUUAGCCUAUAACAAGCUUUUAUUAAAAAGUCAAGUCCACACGUGACUGCUGGUGGAUCAUCAUCUCUUGGAUUUGGUGUUGGGAGCAGAUACAGCCCUCUGCUCGGUCAGGAUCACCUUUCCGCUCGACACUAGAGCCGUCUGUCUUGAGGGGAAUUUUCUCACUGCAGCUCUUCCUGAAAGAGGGAUAGAGGAUGCAUCCAUAACCUUGAGUUUAAUGAGUUAAAAUCAGUGUGAAACAGAAUUAAACCUUAAAAAUGAAGGUUUUGCUUCACUAUUUUCUGUCAGGGACACAGUUUUUCCUCUGUAGGCAGAUUUUAAUUAAGUUAAUGUCACGCACUUCCUAAGUUUUAACCUUUGAGGAGUUUCAUGGUCUGUGGCACAGCCUAAUACCCAAGGAUGCCCAAAGCAGUGUACAAAAUAAGAAACUACUAUUUUACAGUUUGAGUGACUCACGUUGUCUGUGGCACGACUGUUCACAGGAGUUGGUGCUGCUGGGGUAACACACCGCAGUAGCACAAUGGAUGAACACCUGAGAAAGACAAGUAACAUUUGUCAAGGAGGCUUCAGGUAACUUUGAAAUUAAUAGUCCAACUUGAAUAGUCCCACAAUGAAGAAGUCUACCGUGUCUUCCUGAGGAGUGAAAGUGGUUUGAUCCACAAACGUGAACAUUUUUACAAUGAAACGUUUGUGGUGCGUGGGGAAAUGAAGUCCAGAGCGACCAUCCACAGGCACGACCGUGGUCAAGUACCGGUCAUCAUGAUAAGGACACCUGAGGGCAACAGGAGGAGUGUUUUAAUGGUGGAGUGAAAAUGUAAGCCACUGUGUGAUUAUUGUAAUACAUUUUAUAUACCCAUCGAUCAGGAGGUCCCACUGUGGCAGGCUUUGAGGAUUAGGAGUUGACGUGGCCCAACAGUGCUCCAGGUUCAGGACGAUAUUAGGAUCAGAUCUCUCCACGAUGUUCACCUCCACGUAGACUGGUUCCCGCAGCACUUUAGAGACAGGGUAGUCCGCUGCAUUAUAGAAGGAGCUAAACGCUACUUCUUCUGCAAACAAAAAAAGCAGAGUUAGUACGCGGUGAAUAUUCGGAAGUUUUAAAAAACACAAUCAAGCUACCCACCCUCCACACAGCCUUUAGUGUGACACACUCCGUUCCCCAGUUUCAGCUCCACUCUCAGGGGUCCUACAGCCGCCACAGGCACAGGUGGUGGAACAGCAUUCACCUCCAUGACGAGCACCUCCACAGCUGUGCCAGAAUACCUGCACUGGAAUAAUAAUCUACAGGGAGAGAGAGAGAGAGAGAGAGAGUAAGAGAGCGGAGGACUUACAGCCCGGGAGACCUCAGAGGGUCACGAAAGUAAUAAAAGGAAGAUCGAUGUAAUGCACUCACUCAAAAUGGCUGUCCCUGGUAAUUGAUCCUCUGGGCCCAAUUCCCACUUCGUAUGAGGAGGACAUGUGGUUCUCAUACACCAUGAAACCCUCCUCUUCCUGUAGAAAGAAAACAAGUUGAAUGCAAAUGUGUUAAGAAGUGAAAAGAUUCAAGUUCUGCUCAGAUUAGCGAACUUGAGAAUCAUUAAAUUGCUAAUGAAACACUUUGGCUUUGAAUUAUUUAUCAGCUGGACUUAUUCAGCGGUGAAAGCUUGAGCUUACGAUUUUUCAACUUGUCAUAUGGAUUAUUAAGCGGCACUCAGUUUUCACACAUUUGCUUAAGAAAGGACUACAUCAAUCACCUUCAUUGUUGUUCCACAUGCGGUCACUGGGAACUGGAAUAUGGUGAACGAGGAAGUGUAGUCCACAGGGGAACAGGAAGGGUCAUCCAUUUCCAGCAGGCUGACUGAAUCCAGAUCAAUCUGCGGCAACGUUGCAUCUCUAGCCACAACCACCACAAACUGGCCAUCCCUGGUACACUGCACCGUCACUGGGGGAGAAAUAAGGGAUGGAUUUCUGCUGCAUUAGUCAAGAUAUUUCACUCUCACCACAUAGAAGAGGCUCUAGAAAGUACAUUAGAGUACAGAUACCUGCUUUCCCAUAGUAGCACUGUCGCCCAUCGUAGCAGCAGUUUAUAUUUUCACACUGCUCAGCUGUGAUAUCUCUAGUACCACACUGGAUCUUCUCGCCCUCCUCCACCUGGCACUUAUCAAAGGGAGCUGCGGGUGGGGGGACGUUGGACUGUUGCUGGGGUAGCUUAGGAGGAUUAGGAAGCUGAUGUUGCUGCGGAGGCAUUGCCCAAUGUUGCUGGGAGGUAACAUCAGAAACCAGAACAAGAACCGCCACAACACCAAACAGAUACUUGUACUGCUCCAUUAUGGUGUGAGUAAACUACACACUGGGCCAAACUGCAACAACAGCAGCCACACCUCAAACAGGAGGCUUUAAACUUGAUUGAUUAUGUAUGGUUUGCUAGGAACUCCGCCUCCCAUCAUUAGGAGUCAAUAGUAUGGCAGCCCUGCUGAGUUAAUCAGCUGGGAGCUGACAGGUGGAGCCUAUUGUCUGCUCAUCCAUCUGAAAACAAAUCACUUCAUGACUGUGAGUGGAUUCUUUUCCAGAUGAUUAUAGGAAGUUUAGGUACAGUUUCUCCUCUCCUCUCCUCUGAGUUGUUGCCUCAGCAUGUUGACAGUUUGUUGUCACUGUGACUCCACACAAGGACUGGGCGAUAUAUCGAUAUAAGAAAUAUAUCAAUAUAUUUUUAAAUGAGAUAUGGAAUUGGACCAUAUUGCGUAUAUUGAUCUACAGAUAUCAGAUGCUGUUGUUGACAGGCUGGUGUUUCUCACACAAAAUAUUAAAACAAAGAAGGACACAUUUGUUUGUCCUCUAAUGUCUACCUCAAGACAGCACUAACUGUUUAUCAAAGUCAAAAAGAAAGAGGGGGAAACGUUUACUGAAUUCAUAGUCUGUUUUUAGUCUAGAGACUGGUUGAGACUGUUAAAAAGAUAAGAAAGACAGAAAGGUAAUCUCAAAAUGAUGUGUAAAAACAAUUUUCUUAAACUGAGCACUUUGUCUUCUGUCUUUAUACACGUAAAUGCUGCUUUUACUAGAGUUUGUCAUUUGUAAUCCUUUUGUAGUGUUUGUUGUUUGCAUCUGUGGAUUUGUUAGAGGGGAGAAGAAAAUCUGCAAUUUGAUUUUGAUUUUAAAAGGCCAUUUAUAGUUGUCAAAAUAUUGGUGCUCUUCUCAUGUAAAUUCAUUUAUUUCAGAAAAAGAUUGGCCUAUUUUACUUUAUGGGCUAUUUUUAUCUAAGAUAUAUUUUUCAUUUAAAUGUGCACCUUAUGGAGCUACAACUUAAAAAAAAGGGACUCCUGUGGUUAUACAGUAUUUAUGUUUACAUUUAAUUGUUCUUUGAACAGCUAAGCAGAAUUUCAUUCAGCCAGUUUGCUCUCACUUUGCGAUAACAAUAGCAGGAUAUAUAUUGUAUAUUGAUAUUCAGCCUAAAUAUUAAGGCCCGGCCUAUAUGGAUUUUUUGGGGCUGAUACUGAUUAUUAGGGGGGAAAAAAUCCCACUACCGAUUAAUUGGCCGAUUUUUUUAAUUUUUAAUGAAGUCAUAAAUAUAUAUAUAUAUAUAUAUAUAUAUAUAUAUAUAUAUAUUGUAGAUAUACUGUAGACUACUGCUCUUCACACCGACAGGAAGACUGACUGAUCAAACUCGGACCAGAAAAGCGUUUUCAACUACCCCAUCACUGAUCGUGCCUUCGCGUCUUAACUCACGUUACUCAUUUCCGGUCCGGUCUCAUCUGGAGACAUGCAGCUGCCUCAGUGAGAGAAGUAGCUCGAUCACGUAGUGUGUACUGUUGUUUAUUCUACUGUUACUGGCACGACUAACAAUGUACCGAGGCUAAUAGCAGAUGGCUAACUCUAACUUUAGCUUGCAUAUUACAUGGUGUGUCACCGUAAACUCAGCGUGACCGAGACCAGCACAGUGGGGAACAUCGUGAAGUGGGUUGAACUGAAACUUGUUGACUUAUUGUGUAUUUCUCAAACUGGUUUAUUUACCGUUCAGGCGGACCACUCUCCUCCUCUCCCUGAGCUGCCUGCUGCAGAUCUGUCACUCUGCUGUGAGGUAGUUAGUGGAUGAAGAUUGUCAUGAGGUCGCUGCGCCAUCUACUGGAUAAGUUGGGGAACUUUUCAAAUGGCGAAACAUUUUCAAAGUGAAACCAAAUCUUAUUCUCCACAUUUUAUUUCUGAAAAUAUUGGUGAAAAUCAGCAAUUUUUGGCAGAUUAACAAUUAGUCUCAAACAAGCUAAAAUUGGCCGAUUUAAUCGGCUUGCCGAUAAAUCGGUCCGGCCCUACUAAAUAUAUCGGGAUAUGACUUUUGGUCCAUAUCACCCAGCCCUACUCCACACCAGACAUUUUCCCUGAAUAAUUUAUUUCACUCCCUCCCUUUUGUACCUCCUGCAUCAAAUCUUUCUUUAUUGUCUUUCAUUUACAAACAGAUGUAUGGGCGCUACACCCAGGAGCUGGGGGUGUACGCGAAAGAGGAAGCAGCCCGCCUUCGGGAUGGUGGAGCACGAGAUGGUGGAGCGCUGCGGAGGAACACCAGCGUCCGAAGUCGUGCUGCAGAUCUGCUGGAGUACGAGAAAGACCCCUGUGCUAAGUGUCAGUGUAAGUGAUAAACAUUUGACAAGUGCUUAACCAUCUCCAGAGCUAGCUGGAUCAACAUUUGCAGUGUACUUGGGACUCCAAAAUAAUGUGAAGGUCAGACAGAAGGAGGCCUCGGUGCUUGUAAGCUAAGUGGUCCUUGUGUGUGUGUGUUUUUGUAGCAGGUUGUGAUGCUUCAGUGAGUGUGCAGUGAAAACAUUGAUUUCUUUCAGUACAGUAGAGCAGACUCCUGAUUCUGGAGAGAGAGGGAGAGGGAGAUUAAUGGUCAAACGUAUCUGAUCUGGGCAGUGACAUGCUGCCCACAAGGAUUGACUCAAUGUCAAACAAACAUAGCCCCCUCUGCUGGCUGCCAGAGGCCCACCAUGUUUGAGAGUUUGUGUAAAUAUCUGAUGUGGACUGUCAGAUUAUUUUAAGUCUCGUCCUCCCAGAUGGAUGCAGAUAAGGGAGUGGCACCAGAAGAAAGCUUUCCUUCAGACUGAUAUGAUCAGCGGCAGCAAAGUGACAGACUGUGUGUGUAUCCAAGGGAGUGAGAGAGAGUGUGUGUUUGCCUCCUCUAAAUGUGCUCAUUCUCAUUCAUACUCGAACUUAACCUUCAGUUUCUACGUCGCAGAAAUCAAGGGUUUCAUUAUUUUUCAAGUCAGCACAGGCACAACGCUACUUAAGGGUCAUUCAUCCAAACUGAAACAUCAGAGCCUGUUUCUGCUGGAGAAAUAGCCUCUGUAAAAAUCUGUUAACGCUGACGUCUAGGGAUUAUCCUCAGUAGCAAGGACAGUGGAAAGAUACAUCACAAUGUCAUUUUUCUAUGUUGCAAAUCAAGUUCUCCUCAUCUGGAUUAGCGCUUGUGUCCAUAAAUGCCGAUUUAUUUAGCCAGUGGUACUACAAUUUCUUUUUUUUUCUUUCCAGUGCUUACAGUUAGAAGCUAUAAAAGCUGUCCUCUGAAUCACUGUAGAUGCUCUGUUUGUUUAUAGUAGCUUACAUUUAAUGAUACUUUAUCAAGAAACCAUUAGAAAAUAUAGAAAUUGUGUCGUAGCACUUGUAGCUUUAGACUUGGGAAUUGUACCUUUAGACAUCAAGUGUGGUUGAUGUUGGGAAGAGGCUCAAUACUCACUUUUUUAACCAGGCUUUUCACUAAUUGCCUUUUUAUAUUUCUCUCAUUGCAAAUGUUCAUUUUAAUCGAAGUUCUUAUUAUUUGUUUUAUGUCAUUUUAUUAACUACCUCUGUUCUUAAUCUUUUUCUAAAUUCCCAUCACAGGUUCAUACAAUAUUAUUUUCUUGUUUUAGUUCAUCAGGUUUUAGUCUUUCUUUUUACGGUUUUCAUUUCUAUUUUUACCUCCAGCGUUUCCAAGAGGUGGCUCUUUCCUCACGUAAUGUCUCGGUGUCAGGCCAUGUCUCUCUUACAAUAUUUCUUAAACGCUCACACUGUGUGCAGUUGUGUGUGUGUGUAUGUGUGGGUGAGAGAGUGAGGGUGGGUGUGUUCCUUUGUGUGCCUGUGCGUCCAUGGGUGUGUGUGUGGGUGGAAGGGUCGGGUUUUAUUGUCAUUAAUUGUUGGUUUUAGCCUCUGUGAGGCACUUUGAACUGCAUUUUUUGUAUGAAAAGUGCCAUACAAAUAAAGUUGAAUUUGAAUUUGAAGUGCAAGGACCUCCUCCAUUAUAGAGUUAAUAUCAGGAGUCCACUGCUAACUUUUAUAGGAUGAUGGCGGAAAAGUGACACACUUGAAAAUUUAACUAUUCACUUAUGAAAGUAAGAAACAGAUGUGACUAAGAGUGUCUUGUACUCAAGACACUGGGCACUAAAAACUCCCAGCUGUAUUGGCUCUGUGUAAAGAAUAGAUCCUGGCAGUGUAAAAACGUUGUUAAUGGACAUAGGCCCUUAUAGUAAUAUAUGUUAAUAAAACUCUAAAUCUUAUCCUGGUUUGAUCCAGUAGCUCUCGGCUGGAGUUGCAUAAAAAAUUAUGUUAAAAUAGCAUGUGGUUGAUGAAUUAGUGAAUUGACAAAUGUUUAAGUAUUAAAAAACUCUAAUUUGGGGUUACUGGUUUGAAACAGAGAAUGAUAUUCAUGGUAAAAGUAAGAGAAGAAAAAAACAAGUGCAGAGCAAGUGUCCUCACACGUGUUCACACAAGUGAGCCAGCAUGGCUGCUUUCCAGGCUCAGUCUCUGCCUCUUUGCCCUUGUGACUAGUGAUCUGAUUAAAGCUCGAUAAAUUGCACCAUAGGUGAAAGCCGCACUAUAUUUGCCAGGUCCCGCUCCCUUGCUGGCUGUAAUGGAAGCCAUUUAAAACAAUCACUUUCAGAUCAGGAGCCAGCCGGAGUGAUUUGUGUGCUGGCUGUCUGUGUGUGGUGUGUGCUCGUAGAUCAAGAGGUGUUUGUAUUUUUAGUCUUGUCUUUAGAUAGAUGCCCAGGCUGGACAGGCGCUGAUGUUGUUGUUAGGUAAAGUGUGAAGAGAGAACCCUCAGUUUGGGUGGAAGUGGGAGGUUUUUUUCUGUGUUUAUCUGACAUGUAUCUACUGUAGCUGUGUGGGAACAUCAUCUUUGUGGGUGAUGGACUACGAGUGUUUAAGCUUUGUAACAGGAGCCGCAGCUUAUGAACAAGGCAGCCUACACAUGCUGCCAAAGGCUCUGCUGCUGGUCAUGGUGGAGAGCUAAAAUAAAGUACUGCCUCACUGUUUAUUUGGACUCAAAGAGAGAACAUUUCUGGGUUUUUUUUACCUGUUGUCAAGCCCAGACAUUUGCUCCCUCGGUUACUUCAAGGACUGUUUUGUGGCUUGUUUUAUUUUGCCUCUGAAAAUAUUGCUUACAGGUGAAAAAUGUCUCUUUUAUUUUGACUUUUGUUGCAGAUUACAGCUUGUUGGCUUCAGAUGAUGCAUUGCAGAGGUGCAGAAAAUGUCUGGCAAGGGUGGGAUUUUUUAUUACAAGAUCAAGAGCAGACAUCUGUGGACGCCACUGAGCCUGCGGAUGUGAACGCAGGCCAAGAUGCGCACCAAGUAUGAGGCUUUGCAGGUGCCAGGCGAGCAGAGUAUGUGUGUAUUUGUGAGAGAGGGAGAGUGAAAAGAAGUAAAAGCUAUGUCAAUGGGAACUUCCCCAGUGCCUUUUAACGUAGGAUUUCCAAAUGAGCCCAAAUAGAAAUGACAGAUCCAGAGAAAUAUGGUAGUUUGAUCCCCAAACACACAUUCACAUUAUGAGUUUACUCAGUUUUUGGCCGGUUUGUUGUCACAUGCACAUGAUUUUGUGGCUUUUUGACGUCCUCUGUUGGAAACUGGCCAUCCAGCAGGUGGCCUGGAGACCGGGCAGCUUGCCCCGUCAUGCAAACAGUCGUGCCCCGCCUCCCUCUGGAUGCUCAGCCUCCCCCCUGUGACCUGAAUCCUGAACCAGACAGACUGCUGUAGUGUCUGACUUUGUACUCUUUCCUCUUUCUACACAAUAGCAGUGACAUUUAAAACAAAAGGUAUGUUAGUUGACAUGCCCUUUGAAAUGACAGAAAACAACAAAUUGGGAGAAGUUUGUUUUCUGUCAGUUCUGCACAUAUUGUAGGAGAUAUAUUUUUGGAUUAGAUUAACCUGGUAAAUGUAGAUGAUUUAUAGUUUUGAUUUGAGUAAUAGUUCUGAGGCUUUUGUUUACUUUGCUGCUCAGACUAAGUCUGUCACUACUGCAGCUGACACACAUUUUGACAUAAAUGACGCAGAUGUCUCGACCUUUGCAACUGUUCCCUGGAUUGCAGGGCAGAAUCUUGCUCCUCAUUUCCUUAUCAGAGAUGGUUGGGGUCCAGCAGCUUCUCCAGCAACUCUAACAUCUGUACCUGGUCACAGUCAUUGUUUACCGACUCUGAAGACCAGCCUCAGAUUGAAACUAUAUUUUCCACUGUGUCAACUGGCAGCGAUAAAACGUGUCAUCUUUCUAGCUGAUUGAUUUGAUAUGUGUGUAAUCAGAUUUCUCUAAGUGUCACUUUAGCGAUUUAGAGUAAUUCACUGUUCCUGUUUGACCAUAGACUGUAUAUACUUUUGACAACUUGGUCCCGCCUUCCACCAGUAUACGGAUUUGAGGCCAAAAAGCCCUCUGCAAUUCUGCAUUUUUUCUCCACUUCCUGAAACCAACAUUGCACAGAAGCAUUGUACACAUUUAGCAGGAGUGUCGCAGAGAGUUGCUCUGUUGACGCUCGGCUCAAACAGCGUAUCCCACAGGUGAGCUACGCAUUCUUCAAACUCCCAUAGGCUGUAUCAAGUGUCAAUCAUAGAAAACAUUAACCCUCAAUAACUUUUGAAAACGGAGCUGUACAGAAAAAAGAGGACUUGAGCAUAAACCAGUCUUACAGUAACUACAUAUCAACAUCACAAUUAAUUUCUAAAGUUUGUCCACAGCCCCGUAAGGAUGGCGCGUUAUGAGUUAAACUGCAGCCCAUCACUGGAGUGUGCUGUUCUCGUGGUGGCUUCACUCAGCGAGGAGGCAGACGCUGUCCAUUCUAUAUACAGUCUCUGGUUUUGACCAAUCAGAAUAAAGUAUUUAACACAACUGAGUAAAAAAAAUAGCUUUGAACUCCAGGCCAGGUAAUAUUUGAUCAUGAUCUAAUCUUUUCACCAUUAUGAAAUGUCACACAAUUGUGUGAGUGACUAAAAUGAUGCAGCGCCUACCUUUGUCACCGAAAGGUCAAAGGUCCACUGUGAUAUUAUUAUGUCCUGACAAAAGUCAAUAGUCCUUUUCAUUAGUGAGUCUGCAACAUGCUGUAAUGCAGCUCUGCUGUCAUUAGGCCAUCGUACUUUCAUAUUGAUCUUGUGGUGUGGUAAUAGCAGCGUAUGACAGUGUAUGAUGUCACCUUACGUUGUGGCGGCACAGAAGCAUGAGGGGUCGACACACAGCGUGAACUUCACAUAGACUUGGACAGGCAGAAAUUCAGAGCACUGCUCCAAAGCCAUCUGAGCAGCAGGGUGAGAUCUCUUCUGACCCCUUUGAGACAAAUGUGUUGAUUGUGAGAAGGUUCAGGGGCAAAAAUAUGGGUCCUUGAUCGGGGGUCAUCAACAGGGGUAGAAUCACAUCAGUGGGAUUCUCAUUUGGUGACAGUUUUCUGUGGUGCUGUGUUGAAACAGUGGCGAUUAUCUGGAUUAUUUUGUGCUGCUUAUUUGAUGAUAAGUCUGAAGAAUCUAGGGCUGGGUGAUAAACUGAAAAUUUACAGAUACCGAAAUUUACGACAAUAACCGGCCUCAUUUUGCCCAUAUCUGUAUAUUCAGUGUCAAAAAUAAAUAAAUAAAAGUUGUUUUUGGAUGUGUGUAGGUAGGCUAUGGUCUCAUGUCCCUUUAAGACGCUGUCCUACAUCAGAGACAUGACUCCACCCCAUCCAGUCCAUAACAAAGAGAGAAAGACAGGUGAGGAGAUGGAGGACGGUUCAAAAGUUGUAGCAGGUGGCUGAAGUUGAUGAAGUUAACGUGGGAGGGGGUUAACAGCUUGUGGAGUAGUUAUCGUCCAUUUAUCGUUAUCAAAGUGAACUGCUCAAUAUAUCGUGAUAUUGAUUUGAGGCCAUAUCGCCCAGCCCUAGUAGAAUCUGACAUUAAGUUCUGUCCACUCUAAUAGCUUCAAUUUAAUUAAAUCAGCUCUAUAUAGCUUAUUAACCACAUACAGCAAACCUGACUUUGUGUUGGUUGCUCUUGUUUAAAUGCACAUAAAUGUUAUGAGAGCUCAAUCUAACCAGAGGGGUCCCGUUUAUAUUACACGAUAAUUUGUGCAAAGAAUCCCUUGCCAAGACAGCAGCAGAGUUUUAAAAAUGUUUUAAUACGAGUGGUUGGCAGAGACAGCCAGCUCUCACUGUGAAAUGAUCUGAUGGAAAAGCAGCAAUGUGUUAAUCCUUUUGUUCAAACUUUUUGACUGUGAGGCAGAGUCUCAUUUGUUUGUGGAAAACAAAAAAAUUGACAAAGAGAAAAUCGUUUCUUUGUCGGGGGAUAUUUACAGAGGCGGAUUAACAAACAUUUCUGGCAGAUUUAUUUGGGAUCCACUCAAAUGUACUUCAUUGCUCAUGGUUUAUAAAGAAGUAUGCCGCUUGGGUUAUAAUGAUUGGUUUAUCAAUUGAACCACAGGCAAACCCACUCUGCAGCCAGAUAAGUUAUUUCAAGCAAUAUUUCAAAGUUUGUUCGGUCCAACUUUUCUACAGGAAGACUUCCAGUACAAAAAAGGAAAAAAUUGUACAAUUAGUGCAGUGGUUCUCAAGUCCAGUCCGCCCGUCCUGCAUGUUUUGGAUGUUUCCCUGCUCCAACACACCUGAUUCAAAUGAUUAGCUCGUUAGUAAGCCAUUACAGAGCUUGAUAACGAGCUGAUCAUUUGAAUCAGGUGUGUUGGAGCAGGGAAACAUCCAAAACAUGCAGGACUUGAGAACCACUGAAUUAGUGUUUGACAACAGAACAUAUAGACAGAAGUUGAUGAUUUUUGAAGAGGAUUAGAUGUCAGAAAAAUGACAGGAAAUAAUACUGUAGGCCCCUGCUUCAUUUUUAUCCCCAAACCAUCUUCCAAGAUCUAUCCCCUCCGUCUUUUCCCUCCCUCUGUCUGUCCUGUUGUCAUUCAGAGAUCAGUUGCUUUCCUGGUUUCCCUUAAAACACAUCAGAAGUAGUUUUUCACGACUAAAUAGGCGUCUGCAGCAACAGUCGCAUUUGUCUCAAAUACGGAUCUGGUAAUUGUGUUAGUAGCACAAUUUCAGCUUCUCCAGGGACGAGCACAUCUAUGAAUGCUCGCUCUGGAUGUGGAAGUGAAUUCCAGGCUUUGGUAAUGUCCGUAGACAAAAAUGAAGAAAUGAGUCCAGUGAUGCUUCUUUUAGCUGACCUAGCUCAGAGUUAUAGAUUAUAAUGUGACAUUAGAAUUUAUAACCAUGACCCAGCUUUUUUUUCUCUCUAGAUUCUGUCUCUUCCUCUCUUUUUUUUCCAGGUGAUAUUGGGGUCUGAAGACCAGAGAAAGCACUACAUCAACACAGUCCGUUAAGUUCACGUGUUGCUGGCAUCAAAUCUAAAAUAUAUCUAAUUAAACUUUCUUGUUUUUGUUUCAUUAUCUUAUAACUUGUCUUUACAUUAUUGUCACUUAUACAGGAUUUUAUUUUUAUUUAUAUUUUUCACAAUGUUUGAAUAUUUUUGGAUUUGAGGUUGCAGUUACACAUCAAAAUACAUUUCUUACCGCGUUUUAUAACAGCAAACGUCUUUAGCCUCUUGUUAACAUAAAGCACAAAGCUGAGAUUUACUUCUCCAACAUGUAAAAAAAUUUAUUGCCAAGGCAGUUACAACAGACAUAAAGCUUUUUGCCUCUGUGUACAGACGUCAGUGAGCAGGAGCUGCUGAAUGUGACUUACGUCUUGCGAGUUUACACAUGAUGGAAAUAUUGAACAGUUAAUAAAACAGCUAAGUUACAAUGACGCUUUAGAUUUUUAUCAGCCUCUCUAUGGGAAAGUUUGAGCUAUAGCCUGAAUAUCUGUUAUGGCUGACAUUAGAAUGAACUCUCUGUUGAAGAUAACAUCAGACAAGGUAAAGGGGACUUAUCUGUCCUCAGCUUGGAGCUAAGCAGUCAACACACCUUUUAAUAUAAGUCAUGUUUAUUUCACAUUUUUUUGCUAUUAUCCCUGCUGCUUAAACUCUGAGUCAUUUUUUGGGAUUACCAAUUUCUAAUGCUAUCAUCAGCUCUGUUUCCAUGGCCUGGAUUGCAGGAUACUCCAGGGAUGGUUGUGGUUCAGUGGCUCCAUGGACUGUUCUCACACUGUCAAUAUUUUCUGGUUUUUGCCACAUUAUUAAAAUAAAAUGUUGACAGAUGCUACCUCCUUUUGCCAUGUUUUAGUAAAUGUGCUGGACUCUUUUCUUGUGAUUAAUUUGAUUUAUAGAUUUUUGCUUUUGCAGUUGAAAAUGUAUUUUUUUGUUGUUCGUGGGUUGUGAACAAUCAGAAUCAAGUAUUCAACACAGCUAGGGAAUAACCAAAGAUAUGUCAUUUAAAGCUUUAACAGUGGUAUAAAGAUACUGUUUGUGUCACAAAUAAAUGCAUCUUUGCUCUGAUAAUUUAACCUGUUUUGUUUCUUUCACAACAAUGUGGUGUGUGUGUGUGUGUGUGUGUGUGUGUGUGUGUGUGUGUGUGUUUUAAGUUACUCUGAGGCUUUUAAUUUUUGUCAUUUUUGGAUGUUUUAUUAUUUUUUCAUAUCUAUAAAAACAGGGUUCCUACGCAGUUGGAAUUUCCAUACUUUUCCAUACCCUACCUUUUAGAAUUAUUUCUGGACACACCUGCUUUUCUUUUUUAGGAAACUGUAUUUUAUAACUGUGGUAGUCUGUUAACAUAAUAUUUUUCCAUACUAUAUUUUUCAUUUACCAUACUUUUUAAGACCUGGAAAUUGAUCAAAUUACUUCCAUACUUUCCAUACUUGUGGAGGAACCCUGUAAAAAGUAUUUUUGAGUGAUGUAAAGCAGUUUGUUCGUUUUACACCCCCAUUGUGUCUCACAUUAAUACCCCCAUUCUUUCUCUUUUCCUUUUUUUCAUUACCUCAUUUUUUCUCUCUGUCUCUGUCAUCCUCAGUCCUCAAAUCUUGAUAAAUUACUCCCCCUAUUUUUUACCUUUGCUUCCCUUUCUCUCCCCCUCUUUAUCUCUGUGCUCCCAGCAUGUGCAUCUCGCUGUCAAAAGUUCCUGAUCUCUCGGGUUGGGGAGGACUGGAUCUUCCUAAUUCUGCUGGGCUUGCUCAUGGCUCUGGUCAGCUGGGUCAUGGACUACGCCAUCGCCUUCUGCCAAGAAGGUAAGAAAGAGACAGAGAGCCAGAAGGGGGAUAAGAUAACAGACUGUUCUCUCAGAGGCGGCCAAGUUGUGUAAUAAUUACAACUAUUAAUAAUUUAUGAUGACAAGCAAACGGGCGUAGUCAGGUAUGCUACAAGAGUAGGAAUGAUAAUGAAGUAUUAAUACAGAUUGACUGGCUUUCUGCCAUCAGGUUUUAUUGAUCAAGCCAUUAAAGUGACUGUCAUCGGUAUUUAAAGGAUCAAUUAAUAUGAUCUGCACUCACAAGUGGCUGUAAAAUCGUCCUGGCACUUGGAUUAAUGGCUGAGUGCUAACCUCUUGGUUUCAGAGUUCAUUAUGAUGUAUUAUCUUGACAUAAAAUAUAAGUCCCUCUUUCUAAGGUUGUGUAAUAUUCUGAAACAGAUGGUUACAGUGAGUUUAUGGAGAUGAACAAAUAAAGAGUUUUACAGAUAUGUGGAAACUGAAGGUGCUGAUCUGUAACAGGAGGAAUUUUGUUAACUGAGGAUUGUUUUCUCAUUAGUUGUAGUCGUCAUUCAGCUUCUAAACAGGAGCCUCUUAACCAUUUAUUAAAAUCCAGUCCAGUCAUAGAGCGCAGGCACACAUCACACCUGCUUCUCCAAGACAACAUCUAGCAGAAAAGGGUUACUCCGCUAAUUUUCAGCAGGUCAAAUCUUAUUCAGUCAUACUGCGAUCAGAUGUGCUGUGUUGUAAUGCAGCCAAACUCAUUAUUUAAUCAUUCCCACCCACAUAUUUUCUGUUUCUGUUAUCCAGAAAAAAAUAAGAGAAACUGCCCAGUGAAGAAUUAAAACAGAUACUUGUUGAUUUUGUGUUCCACACAUUCGCAAAAAGGAUUAACAGUGUCUCAAACAGAGAAACUGAAUUCACCUUGCAGUUUUCCUGUUUGAUCCACCCUCUUUAAGACAGACGCACAGGCCAGGCAAGCAAGGGCAACACAGUCACGUAAGAACAAUGAUAUAAUUUCAUUAAUCAUUUAUCCUUGAACUCAUCUGGUAAACUGCCUGGUUUGCUCUUUGCAAAUGACUUCAUCUGCUUAUAUCAGGGAGAAAUUACAGCCAUCUGUGCGGUGAAGCUAAGUUACAGCUAGCAGCAGUGUAGCCUUACCUUGCUUGCUUGCAAAUUUUAGUGCCACCAAAAUACUAUCUAUAUGACACUGAUCAGGUGUCCAUCAAUUACUUGUUAACUGGAACUUUUACAUUGUUGGAGAAGCGCUUUGCAUAACGACAAAAGCGGAGUACCUGGAAAUGUGUUAGAGGUGGAGUAGGCAGGAUCUGAGGAAGUGCCAGUUUUGGGGAGAAAAAUGUAAACACUACCCCUCCAAACCAUUUUCCCCUCAGCUUCUCCUCUCCCCUCCCUCUCUGCUCCAGCAAGCCCCGCCCACAAACAGACGCUCCUGCUCACUCGUAUCGUUCCAGUUAAAUUCAAAUAUAAUGCAGAUAAAUACUUCAGAUAAUUACAAAUGGGGCCCAGUCAAUGUGAAAGUAAAAAGCAUAGGCGCUACUGUAGAUGCCAACAGACUACCAGCAAACACAAUGUUUUCAGGACUUCUACAACUUGGAUAAAGUGACUAAGGUAUUCCAGGACCCGAGGUUAACAGUUUAGCGGCGCUAUGAAACGCAGUAGGUCCCGUUUGACAAGAAACACUUCUGUUACACUUGGCUUACUUUGUUAAAGCGGUUUACUUGUCCAGCAGAAAGACCCUAAAGCGUCCCCCAUCAUUGUUGACCCGGCUUUUUUACCUCCUUUUUAAGCGCCCAUUAUUCCACCAGAGUCUCCGGUAUUUACUUUGUUUUAUUGCUUGUGUUGGCAGUCACGGCUAAAGGAUGAUUCAGACAAUUUUCUGUACUUUCUGGUUGGUUUCUACUGUCCGAUAUUGUAGCACGCUAACUUUGUUUGCCGGGGAGCAGCGUCUGCCUCACAACCAAUCAGGUUUGGGGAGGCGGAGAAUAGCUUUGUUUACAGUCAGAAAGAGCGGAGCGCUCAAAAAUUUUAAAAUGUUGACUACACAGACAUAACAAAACACAGCGAUAUCGUUAUAUUACCAUUCUAUUACCAUUAUAUUAAUGUCAUCAAUAACUAAUAGCUAUCGACUGAUAUUAAAAGUUUUCUUGUAUAUACACCACAAAAAAAGAUGCUUCUUGAAUGGAUUCCUGCCUACCCCACCUUUAAUCAUUGAAAGCGUGUUUGUAAGACCUCCUGGUGUAAAAAUCGAAAGCACUGAAGGAGGCAAUUUUCAGGACAGACAUUUUCCUCUGAUCCAAGAGAAAUCGCUGUGCUGUGUUUCAUGAUACGGUAUUUAACGACGUGGAAUUGAUAGUGAGGGAGAUAAAUGAUGAAUGAGGAUGAGGAGGUCACUGAGAGGCGGGAAGUUGGGAAACGCAUGAAUGCCGCAGAGGUGGAAAAAAGCGAAGGUCAAAGAGAGGUUAUAAGGUAAUGAGGGCUUGAGUAAAUCUCCUGGCAUCAGAUGAAUCUUAAUCGAACAGGAAAAAAAAUCUUCUAACGUGGUUCGGUGUUGCUACUGCAUUAUACUGAGAGGAAGUUACCUUUGUGCGUUUGUGUGUGUGUGCAGCACAGAAGUGGAUGUAUGGUGGACUGGACAGUAACUUGCUCCUGCAGUACAUCGCUUGGGUCACCUACCCUGUAGUGCUCAUCACUUUCUCAGCAGGAUUCACACAGAUACUGGCUCCCCAGGCCGUGGGUAAGAAGCACACAUGCAGACUAACACACACUCAUUGACCCGUUAUGCUGAGUCCUAUGUGUUCAUAGCUUUAAUUCCUGGUCACAUUUCUUUGUUUGAAUAUUGAGAUUAGCUCCAUAAUGCAGCACGAGUCCUCCAAGGACAUGUGCAGUAUGACUCUCUGUGGUCAAGUCUGCAGGAUAUCUGUAAAUCAUACCUUUUAAUGCAAUGUGCAUACAGGAAACUAUAUGAAUAUCAAUCAGCUUCCCUCCCUCCCCCUUUCUUGCACAUCUAUUCUCCUCAUCCCUCUCUGAAAUUGCUUUCUUUCAAUUCUUCUUUGCCUUUCACUCCAUCAUCCCACCUGGCAACUCUUUCUCUACUCCUCAGGUUCAGGUAUUCCUGAGAUGAAGACUAUACUGAGAGGGGUGGUCCUGAAGGAGUACCUGACUUUUAAGACAUUUGUGGCCAAAGUUAUCGGUUUGACCUGUGCUUUAGGCAGUGGGAUGCCUCUUGGAAAGGAGGUAUUUUUCCUUUCAUCUUUGCCCAUCACAGUCUUGACUGUAAAAAUCACUUAGACAGUUUUUUUUCUGUCCUCCACGCUUUAUUAAUCUUGCUUCCUCUGAUCUCAUCAAAGUCAUGGCCGUGAAAAUAAAAAGGUGUUUUACAGCUGAUAACAUUUCCAAUUUUGUUUGGUCAAUAAAGUUGCUAAACCUAAAUCAAAGCGAGGUUUCGAAAUUGCUCCUGAACUUAAAUGCUGCAUGCUCUACUCUUUGAGUCACAUCCUGUCUACUAAUCUGCUGAUGUCUCUCCAUCCUGCCACUCAGGGUCCUUUUGUUCAUGUUGCCAGCCUGUGCGCCGCCCUCCUCAGCAAAUUCAUGGCUGCUCUUUUUGGAGGGAUUUACAUGGUGAGGAUGUAUUGAAUAGCAACGCAGAUUCACAGACGAACUGAUGUACAAGUUAAAGUUGUAUAAAUUUUAAGCCUCUGAUGACUUUGAAGAUUAUUUUACUCUAAAUAUUGCUGCUUGCAAAUCUCAGACCAAUUUGAAUUUUACACUUUCACUUUUUAAGACUCAUCCAAUGAUAUUUAAAUAUAGAUAGAUAGAUAGAUAGAUAGAUAGAUAGAUAGAUAGAUAGAUAGAUAGAUAGAUAGAUAGAUAUUCUUUUUGUUGUGUUAAUUGAUUAAAGUCAAGCAUGAAAAAUUGUAUACAUCUGCAACAGGUAGUGUUACCCUGCCAUAUCUCUCCCUUAACCCUAUAUUGCCUUUUGUAUCAUAUAUGAUACAUACUUUUAUGAUACUUCUAUCAAAUCAUUAAUGAUCAACAAAUUAUUUAAAAAAAAAACACCUGAAUACAGUCCAAUAAAUGAUAAAAAUGUCCUCUUGUGGUUUAUCAGUUAUCAAAAACAUCUAAUGUAUCAAACGAGAUAAAUAAAUAAAUUUGUCAAAUUUAAAGGACAUUUAGAUUUUUUGAUUUUCAGUAGUAAGUGAAAUAAACAUUUCAGCUCCAAAAGAAAUGGAGUUUUCUGGCCAUAAUUUGUGGUUUCAGGCAUUAAAAGGUUAAGCUUAAAUGAUCUUGCUUCUUCAGUAAAAAAAAAAACCAAUAAUCAUAAAUCACAGAUUUAAGCAUUAAAGGAAUAGUGUUCCAGUUUUGUAAAUGUCAUGCAGAAGACCAGAGAUGCGGCUUUCUAAGGGUUACAGAACAAAACACCACUUUUUAUACUCUUAAUCAAACUCAUUUAAAUGUCUGAGUUUAAAAAGUUGAAGAUGGUGGAAGAUGUUGUAGCUGAAGAGCAUUUCACCCUCUUCAUGCUCAGACAGAUUUUUGUCUGCCCUGAUUUUGAUCCAAACCAUUUAUCACACAAGUGGUUGGUUUACCACUCUUUUGUGGACAAUUAUAAUCACUGGUGCUGAUAUGAAUUGUUCCAAAACCUGUUUUUUUCAUUAUUAGUCCAAUUAGAUUAUAAAUGUAAAUGCAAAUGUAAAUGUUCUUUAUUUAUACAGCCCUUUAUAGCAACCUUCUCGGGGAACCAAAGUGCUUCACAUUACGUAGUAAAUAAAAAUGAAUGAAUAAAAACAAUAAAAAGCAAUAAAAACAAUAAAAAGCAAUAAAAAAGAAUAAGAUACAAUGCAAUAAAAUAAAGUGUCACCACACUACUGGGUAUUAAAAGCCAACAUAUUUAAUUCUGUUUUUCAAUCGAGAUUGGAAAAGGCCCAGGACGUAAAUAAGUCUCAUUGUGGUUAAUAUGAUACUUAAGAAGCCAUAUUAAUUGGAGGACAAAUUCCUACUAUGUCAGACCAUAAACUGUGUAACAGCUGGAAACCAGGUCACAAUGCUCCUCCCGCUGUGACAGGACAAGUCAAAAGACUGCCUUGAUAAGUGCUGACAUACUGUGUUUGAGGAGCCAUGCACAGAUGCAGUAUAUCCUAUAAAGCCAUGGGCCUAAAGUCACAGUCCUUCCGCUAACCAAAUCAUGCAGCUCAUGAAUUCAACAUCAGAGAGGUCUCAGGUCCAAACAGGCCACAGCUGAACAGAUUCAUGCUCCUCUGCUAAUCCAGAAAAAAAGACUGCUUUAAGAGCGGCAUCUUUCAACAGAGCUGUCUGUAAACCAUCUUUCACCGACUCAUAACAUAACUAAACUUCCCAGAGCAUGGAUCAGCAUUAUAAGAACUAAAUUUGAUAUCAAAAAGCAUGUUUGACUGUGUUUUAAUUUUGUAGUUUGACCCACGUCUCAUCUGUUGAUAAUGAAGGAGGCGGGGCUUAUGAAUUAUUCUGCAGCCAGUCAGUAGGGGGAGCUCUAAAUGUUUUGGCUGAUUAGGUUCCAAACCCCUUUUUUUGUACCCAGUUGUAUGUUUAUUUUUGUAGUUAAAAUGGGGCAUUUUAAUGUGGGUGGUAAUGGGGUCUCCUGAGCUUUUGGAGCCAGCCUCAAGUGGACACUUGAGGAACUGCAGUUUUUAGCGCUUGCACAUUAACUUCAUUUUUUAACACUGAAGGUUGCAACUUGCUCCGGAGAUUAUUUAAAGGCUAUGUUUUAACUAGCUGACAAACCCUUUUUUUCCUAUUCCUCUGCUCAGUACAAGCACAGCAGCAGAUGGUGAAACUAGAGGCCAUCUUUAACCCUUUAAUUACCCUUUAACUUUCACUCUUCAGGUCAAAGUUUUUUUAGCAGUCCUAAUUGUUUUUUGUAAACACCUCUCAUGUUUCCUUGAUUUUCUACCGCUCCCAGGACUCACACUCUCACCUCCACUCAUGUGAGACCUCACCGUGACCUUCUGUUAAGUCCUGCCCUGGACUUUGGGCUGUGUGCUUCUCCUGCGUUCCCCAGCAGCACCAUAAGUACAAAGAAGACAGACGGCAGUGAUGUGGGGAUGGGGAAAAUUCCCGUCAGCACUGUUAGAGAUAGUCCCAGGCGUCAACAAUGUGGCCAUUAAACAUAAUUACUCUGGGAAAAUGUUAAUUCGGUUCGCAGAAGAAUCAAGACUGUGUUUGCUGAAGCUGUCUCUGCUUGUUGACUUUGUGUGGUCUGGAUAAUAAGUUGGAUGACUUCCAGUAGCAAACAAAAGGUAACCUCUACACUUGCACAAAUCACACUCACAUACUUCUGUCUUUUGUGUGUGUUUUUUCACUUUCUCUGCUAAAGGAAGAGCCCUUUGAGGGAAGCAAGGUAUGAAUGCACGAACCGAGUAGUUUCUUUAUUGCCAAUUCCAUCGUCAUCAAUAAUCCAUGUUGUCCAUUUCAGAAGCUGAAAUAGAUUGAUGCCUUUCUAUAUGUGUGCGCUGUUUGACGCUGUUCAGUGGACCGUCACAGUGAGGCAUCGAUCCGUGCUGCCAUUGCUUCUCUGCGAACACCUCAUACCAUGAUUUCAACUCUCAGUCCUCCUGGCUUUGCAGUUAUUGCUUCCAUAUCCCUUCACUUCAUGCAGUCCUCGUGGAUGUGAAAAGACAGGGCAGCAGCUUUUAAGUAAAACUGUUGCAUUUGUAAAAAGUUCCUGACUUUGAUUUUCAUUGAAAACACUAUUGUGGUGUAUUGUGUGUGUCUGUGGUAUUUUCUUGUGUACUGUAUGUACUGUACAACCGUUGGCAUUUGAGUGUGCGUAUGUGUUUGCUUGAAUGCUUGUGUGUGUGUCUGUAUGUGUGUCUGUAUGUGUGUAUAUUUGAUUUUUGUCGGACAGAAUGAGCUGAGGAACACAGAGAUGCUCUCGGCUGCUUGUGCAGUGGGGGUCGGCUGCUGCUUUGCUGCCCCAAUUGGAGGUAAGAAAAACAUGGCUGCUGCACACUCUGAUUUAACGCAAUCUAAUUAUGUUAGGUAGGUGUGGGAUCUAAUUAGGUGAGAAUAUUUACACCCCCACCCCUAGGUAGGAGAGCGGGUGCCACUCUUGGUCAGAUCAUCUCUCGAACUUCUUGAUUUAGAGCAGAAAUUCAAAUCUAUCCACUUUUGGCCAUCCAGGUGUUAAAUUUGGCGCUGACGUCAAUCUCAGAGGAUGUCUCUCUCUGUUUUAGGUGACCCUGUGUCCUUCCCUCUAGCUGCACUCUUGAGUCAAACAACCUUGUUUCAAUUCUCAAGUUUAUCAGAGAGUUCAGCUCAUUGUUUGGCUGUCUAUUUUUUGGACAACUUUGCUGGUUCACUUUUUUCAUUUGCGGGUUUCAUUAAAACAGUCUAAUUGGGUCCAAUUAAACCUAGUGAAACAGUGAACAUUAAGAUAUAAACAGUCUGUACUAAUAGCAACUUAUUUUUGUACAAAGCGGCAGGUGAAGUUCAAUCAUAGUGGCUGGAAAACAGACAGAGCAAAAUAAGCUACUUUUACCUGGAGAUUCAUGGUCUCUUGAGGAUGAAUCUUCAUGCUUUUUGUAAUAUCCUGAUGAUUUCCCUCAUGCUUCCUAAGGGUCAAAUUCUGACUUUUAACAAAACUUGGGUCCAUGUCAAAAAGAUAACAUCUGUGCCUUCAGAUCAAAAUGUCAUUCAAAAUGGUGUAAAAUACAGUUGUGUAUCCUUGAGUUUAGUCAUCAGCCCUUAAGCAUAUAGGCAUAUCAAUUUUUACAACCUUGCUCCCUACAUGACGAACUUUUGAGAAAUAUGUUUUAAGAAUAGUUUGCAGAGUAGAAACCUUUCCACAUCCAGCCUUAUCCAGAAAGGUUUCAGUGUAUGCAUUGUGAUACGUCUCUGUUUUUGAGUAAAUUAAAGGUAUAUGAGAUGUUAAAAUGUUCCUCAGCUAAUUUUGAGAGAUGCUGUAGAAGUCUUUGUAGAUGUGAUACCAUCAAUGCUUUUUUAUGUGAAGAUGCUUAAAAUAAAGCUGAGAAAGUUCCAUAAGAGUUUGUGUUUGUGUAAUUCAGGGGUGCUGUUCAGCAUUGAAGUCACUUCUACGUUUUUUGCGGUGAGGAACUACUGGAGGGGCUUCUUUGCUGCCACCUUCAGUGCCUUUAUAUUCAGAGUGCUUGCAGUGUGGAACCAGGAGGAAGGUAAACACUUAAAUAAGACAAAAACAAAAGCAUUGAGGAAACAUUUACUUUAGAGCCAGUGUUAUAUUUGGGAGUACAGUCUGCACAGAUUGAAAACAGUCCCCUCUUUCCUCAGAGACCAUCACUGCACUCUUUAAAACCCGUUUCCGCCUGGACUUCCCGUUUGACCUUCAGGAGCUGCCUGCAUUCGCCAUUCUCGGGUGAGUGUGUUUCUUAGGAAUAUUUCCACAGUACACUAAUCCCAGAGCAGUUUGAAUUACCCAAGAGAUCUGAGCUCUAAUGCAGCCCUGUUCUUCUGUGCAGUCUCCUAUCCAGAGUCUGAAGGUUAACGUGUUUUUGAUGAAUGGGGCAUUAAAUUAACUUUUUACUCCGCUGAUUACGAGUUGAGACUGUGUGCCAAAAUAUGUUAAUGGACAAAAACAAAACAUCAUUUGACAAAUUAUGGUACUUUUUUCCUCAAAGCCUAACACUUUGUUUUUUUUAGGAUUGCCUGUGGUUUUGGUGGAGCACUGUUUGUCUACCUGAACCGGCUGAUUGUGGAGUGCAUGAGGAAACAGAAGACCAUAAACAAGUUCUUGCUGAGGAAGUGAGUUUCUGAUCUCUGAUAGUGAACCUUUUUUUAAUGGUUGUAAUGAAAGGAAAGGCACUUAGUGUUGUCUUGCAGAGAUCUAGAUAUCAUGGAUAGGUAUGACUCUUAUGUCUAAGUGGGACAUUGGCCUAGCUUACAUUAGCAUACAGCCUUAAACACAGAGAGAGCUAUUUUUGAUUAUCCGGACUUAUACUUAUUACUACGAAAGAGGAUUAGGGCCACAUGAAGAGAAAAAAAUUAUUACAAGGAGGAGAUUGAAGUUUAAAUUUUGAGAUUAAAAAAUCAAAAUUAUGUCAGUAAAGUUGAAAUUUUGAGAUUAAAAAUUGAAAUUUCGAGACUGAAGUCCAAAUUUCGAGAUUACAAAAUGUUGUGAAUAAUGACGAAAUUUCAAGAUUAAAAAUUAAAAUUUUGAGAUUAAAGUCAACAUGAACAAUGUCAAAAUUUCGACUUUUUAAAAUUUCGAUUUAAUCUCGACCUUAACCUUGACAUUUUUACUUUAAUCUCAAAAUGGAAAUUUAAAAAAUCUCCCUCCUGUAAUUAUUUUUUUCUCUUCUUGUGGCCCUAAUCCUCUUUAGUGUAAUACAAAUAAAACACAAAUAAACCAAGAAAAAUGUCUCACUUAACUUUCGCUUGUUAUAAGUACACUUCUGUCUAUUGCAAGACCAGUGAAUAUUUGUACCAAAAUAGACACGUAACUAAAGAUAGCUAAACUAAAGAGUUUUACCACAUUUUCUUGUGAAACUUCUUUCUCAAACUCUGAUCUUCUUGGGGUUUGGCUAACAUACCACAUAUAAUGAUAUUGUACAUACUUAACACGACAGCUAAGAUAUGUUCUCACAAAUUAUAGAUCGCGUACCCCUACUGGCAGUGGGUGGGUAUUGUCAGGCUCAGUCAGGUUAUUUUCUUCCAGUCUAAAUGCUAAGCUAAGCUUAGUGGCUGGUGGAUGUUGCUUUGACCUGGACAUUACAGAAGUGUUGAUCAGAUAGUCUAAAUCUCUGCAAGAAACAAAAUGAACAUACUUCCCUAAAAACUUUAUUUUCAUUGAAUUCCUAGAAAUAUUUAAGCGACAACAAAACUCAAAAUUUAACCAGUCAAACUGUAAAUAAAACCAAACUGCUCACAUGCCCCUAAACUUGUAUUUAAGUCACAAUGUUGAUAAAGUUUUGGGAAGUGUAGGAUCAGCGUGACUAUUUUAGCUCUUUCCUCUGAAGUAUUCUCAUACAGAGCAGUGUGACAGGCACGCCCAUUAAUGACCCAGCAGUCCAUCUCUUCCUGUCAGGCGUCUGGUUUAUCCGGCUCUGGUCACCCUGCUGGUCUCCACGCUCACGUUCCCUCCGGGCUUUGGACAGUUCAUGGCUGGACAGGUGAGAAAAUACUUUCACACUCUCAUGACAGUAUGAAAGCACGCUGUUAGAGGACUGAUGGUGAUUCAAAGUGAGAGUUGAUGUCAGACUGAGGGUCAUUUUGUCUUGUUUGUAUUUGAUAGAAGAAGCCAUCUAAUAGCUGUAAUGUUUACUAAAACACUGAUGCCCCUGCAUAGUGUUUACAGUUGGGGUUUUCUACCAUGCUUCUCAAUAAAUGAUUGGUAAAAGCUGCAUUUUAUGAAUAAUAAAAAAACAAUAUCAUAUCUGUUACACAUUCCCUGUGCUCUGCUGUUGACCUUGUGAGACAACAUUGGCCUCCUGAACCAGUCUGUCAGAUGUUUGUGGGGGGUAGAUAGACCUUUAGAUAACUUUGUUCCCCUUUUGCCGAACCGUCAGCUGACUCAGCACGAGUCCCUGGUCGCACUUUUUGACAACCGCACGUGGUGCCGUCAGGGCGUGGCAGAGGAGUUUGACUACAUCAGCCACCACCAUGCUUGGAAACACCCCCAGGUCAAUGUUUUCAUCACACUCAUCCUCUUCAUCAUUAUGAAGGUAGGAUUUCACCUUAAGCGUGUCUGGGAAAUGUGAAGAAUAUGAAAAAUGUUCAGACUUUUCAAAGGAUCUCUGUCUUUUGCCAGUUUUGGAUGUCUGCUGUGGCCACCACCAUGCCUGUUCCUUGCGGAGCUUUCAUGCCGGUUUUUCUCAUUGGUGAGUUUAACCUCCCUUUUCUUUUGGCAACAGUCAGAACACCUAAAAAUAACUUCUUAUUUCCUCUGUGCGUGAUUGACAGGGGCAGGAUUUGGCAGACUUGUUGGAGAGAUCAUGGCUGUCAUGUUUCCAGAUGGAAUACAUGCUGACGGCAGCGUGUAUCCCAUAGUUCCUGGUGGUUAUGCUGUCGUAGGUUAGUUUCUAUAUAUUUUUCCCCAUAUUUAGAUGGAUAUAUUUUUACACAACGCUCCCUAAUUUCAGAAUCAUGUUUUCUGAUUUCCAAACUACCCCUGCUCUUACCAUUGUGAUUAAAAUUGCUGCCAACCUGCAGCCAUUUUCAUCACUUUUCUACCAGUCCUAAAAUGUGACUGAUGAAAAUUGGUUACGCUGGAGUUGAGUGCUAAAAAAAGGAGUCAUUGAAUCAGAAAUUGCCAUGGAUGUGACUCACUAUGUAGUGUGAGAGGAAUGUGCGAAAUGUUAUGAAUUGGAGUGACAUUUUGCAGGGAUUAUUAUGAUUAGCUGUCUACAUUUAAUAAAACGCCGAGUUUUUCGCAGUUAUAAAAAAAAUCACAGUUUUUCACUCCUCAGUCGCUUAAUCCGUCUUUACUUAGUGUAUGUAAACAGAUUUUUAAAUUACUAGACAGGAAAAUCUUUCUUUACUUCGCUCUCUCUCGCCUACCCAGGUGCUGCUGCAUUGUCUGGAGCAGUCACCCACACUGUAUCCACAGCGGUCAUAGUGUUUGAGCUGACUGGUCAGAUCUCCCACAUCCUGCCUGUGAUGAUCGCUGUGAUCCUAGCCAACGCUGUGGCCCAAUCGCUCCAACCAUCACUUUACGACUCCAUCAUCCGCAUCAAGAAACUUCCCUAUCUGCCUGAGCUGGGCAUGGGUCAUCAUGAGUGAGUCUUUGUAAAGCUCGCAGUACAUGCCAGUUUCUUUUUUUUUUUUCCACCAAAUAGAUCGAGUUGUGCCAAGUUUCUUUCUUCUCCAAGUGAUUUCCUCGCCAUUGUUUGCUCAAACUUUUUUCUAUCUCCUCUUCACUUCUUUAAUUUGUUUACCCCUGUUUCCUCAUCUCCCUGUCCCCUCUUUUUCAUCAUCUUUUAGGAAGUAUAAUAUCCGCGUGGAGGACAUCAUGGUCAGGGAUGUGCGCUUUAUCACUCUCAGCUCUUCCUAUCGAGAUCUGCAGGAGAUGCUGCUGACCGGUCAGCUCAAAACGCUGGCCCUGGUUGAGUCUAGAGGUGAGCUCAAGGCAAAAAAAAAAAAUCCUUCUGAAAUUCAUUAUCCCCCGGCGGCCAUUUUCCUCAGAUGUCAGUGGAAAGCUCAAAAGAUGUUAUGACGUUUUAACUUUGUGCAUAUAACAGGGUUCCUACACAGUUGGAAUUUCCAUACUUUUCUAUACCCUACUUUUUAGAGUUAAUUCUGGGAAUACCUACUUUUCUAGUUUAGAAAACAGUAUUUUAGAACUGUGGUAAUGUAGUCUGUUAACAUAAAUAUUUUACCAUACUUUAUUUUUCAUUUACCAUACUUUUUAUGACCUGGAAAUUGAUCAAAUUACUUCCAUACUUUUCCAUACUUGCAUAGGAUUCCUGAUAUAACCUGAUUUAGAUUUAUAUUUGGGCUUUUUUAGCCUUUAUUGGCAGAUAAAGAACAGGUCAUAAAAAAGAGAAAAAGAGAAAACAAACCUUGCUGUCUUGCUCUAUCCUUACCCUUGAUCCAGAUCACCCAUAAACCCUCCUUCUUCCCCCAGAGUCCAUGAUCCUGCUGGGCUCCAUCGAACGCCUGCAGCUCCAGUCUCUACUCUCUCUCCAGCUUGGCCGCCAGAGGAGACUGGAGUACCUUCGUCAGCUGGCCCAGGACAAUGGAACAAGUGAUCACCUGCCCAGUCUGACCACUGAUAGCACCCCAAGCUCGCCCUGUGCCCACACCCACAUCCAUAGCAAUGCCUCCACUAACACCAGCACUCGCCAAGUGGUCCGCUUCCUGGUGAGCACCCAACAGGUGUGAGAGGCGUCCGGGGGCGCCAGGGCUGGGCUGGGCGAAGUCUGGAUUGGGUUGGGUGUAGCAGUAGGAUUAAAGGGAUAUUCGGGCGUAAAAUUAAUUUAGGGUCAAACACACAGUAACACCGAGUUAGACACCCCCUCGAGAGAUGAAUGUUGCCAACUGCUUGCUUCUCUAGUUAUACCAACUUUAACACACAAACCUCAACCAAAAAGCCACUUUAUAGCCACAAGUAAUGUUCAAAACAACACCUAACUUCAUCAACAGUACAUAUAGGGUCCCAGCCAUAGUACUAACCACCAAACAUCGUUUUAACUUUGCCUGAUUUCUUUAGCAAAGAGACUAAACACAAGUCACCUACUCUCUUCCAGCAGCCGCUUGUUUGUAGCGAGACCUCUGGCCAGCCCAUUACGGACUGCUGCAGGGUGACACAUCUCAAGGAAGAACAUUUAUGAUCAUUUCUUCAUGGAAAUGCAAUCAGACCGAGACGCUAAGGCAGAAGAACUACCACGUCUACGGUGCAAAAUGAUUAAUAUGGUGAUUAUUACUUCAAGUAAAUAAUAAGGACAUGAUCAUAAAUGUUCUUCCUUGAGCUGCGUCACCCCACAGCAGUCUGUAAUGGACUGGCCCGAGGUCUUGCUACAAGAGAGACGGUGAGUAGUGUUUGCUAAAGAAAUUAGGCAAAGCUAAAAAGAUGUUUGGUGGCUAGUGCUAUGGCUGGGACCCUAUAUGUACUGUUGAUGAAGUUAGGUGCUGUUCUGAGCAUUAUUUGUGGCUAUAGAGUGGCGUUUUGGUUGAGGUUUGUUUAUGGCUCCUCAGACCGCUGUAUAUUGCUAUCCUGUGGUCGUUACAAAAGUUGGUAAAACUCGAGAAGCAAGCAGUCGGCAACAUUCAUCUCCUGAGGGGGUGUCUAAACUGAUUUUAUCCCGGAAUAUCCCUUUAAGUGGACACAGCAUGUGUAAGCAUGUAGCAGUAGGUAAAGGCACAGAUGGGUUUUUUUGGACAUCUGUCAUGGUAAGUGUUUAAAAAGUGUAUAAAGAUCAUUUGUUCUUUCUCCAUAAUGUUAACAAAUGUCUUCUGUGUCUCUGUCGUCUGUGCCCUUACCUGUGCUGUCCUGUGCAUGUGCUUGUAUCUGUCUUUUUUUGUGUCGUCCCGUGUGUGUGCGUGUGUGCGUGUGUGCGUGCGUGCGUGCGUGUGUGUGUGCAUGUGCGCUUGUGUCUGGCUUUCUUCGUUAAUGUGUUUUCCAUAUAGAUCUCCACAGAGGAGUCUUCCUCCUUCAGCCCAGUCGUUUCCAAUGUUCAGCUUCCUCUGAAAUCGGCCUUGAAAACAGUGUCUGCCAUCAGUGACACAGAGACACCCAACAGUAUGUACUUAACACCACAGCAAAAUACACAAUCACACACACACAGAAGACACAAACUGGUUAAAAAAAGAAGCAUUUCCCGACCAAAUUGAACAGAAAUUGAUUUUUUUUUCCUCCCCGAGGCUCUCAGACCCUUUCCUGUGCAGACCAAGACAAGGAGCUGCUGGAGGUGAGAAAGAAACAAGGCUGUAACUUUCGUGUGGGAGUGGGUGUGCUGUAUGAAUGUGACACGCGUCGUGGGUGUGUGUGGUCUCUCCGAGUCCAUGCGUGAUCCGCCCACCUGGUCUUCCUCCGCCUCCUGCAUACAGGCAGGACCCUCCCACAGGCUGCAGGGUUUUCCUGUGUGAUCUCAUGCUGUGGUCGUGAAAUUCUGCCUUACAACUUCUGAGUCAUUGCCCCCCUCACUACACAACACAUUCACUGCCAGUCAAACUCUUUUGAACGUCCCCCAGUGAAGCGUUUCUGUUAAGCAAUGUUCGAUUGUGUCAUACAUUAAAAAAAUAUUGAUUGGUUUAUUGCUUACAAAGUGGACUGCAUGUUAUUAAAAAACAGGGUUUUUUUUUUUUUAAGGGCUUUUUGCUUUGUUGAUAGAGCAGCCUGAGAGACAGGAUCUGUGGAGAAAGAGAAGCGUAAUGGUCACACCAUGAUUGGGAAUCAAUCCAACAAUCAAAGAGGGAUGUAGCCUCUGUACAUGGGGUGCAUGCAAAAUCCACCCGGCCAACAGCGCCCCAGUUCAGGAAAAAAUGAUCAGAAUUCACACACAACAGGAGCUGAUUUAUGAUAUAUUGUAGUUCACUUGACAGCCGUCUCUCAGUCGUUUCUCUAAAUGAAAAGCGCUGAUGCUCCAGAGCCGAGGUGAACUUCAGUGGAGGUUCGUAAAAACAUGUACAGGUCACGAGCGAAAAGUCAAAAAUAUGUAGCAACCUCUGCUUAGGAGUUAAAGUGUUUCUUAAUAUUAAGAAUAACUUCUAUAUCUCUGUUUGAUUACUUUUGUUUUAACUUGUUUCCCUAUGCUCUGCAUGCAUCUUGGACACCAUAUAGCCAAAUACAGUCGUUCUCAAGUCCAGUCCUCGAGCCCCCCCGUCCUGCAUGUUUUGGAUGUUUCCCUGCUCCAACACACCUGAUUCAAAUGAUCAGCUCGUUAUUAAUUCCAUUACAGAGCUUGAUAACGAGCUGAUGAUUUGAAUCAGGUGUGUUGGAGCAGGGAAACAUCCAAAAUAUGCAGGACAGUGGGCCUUGAGGAGUGGACUUGAGAACCACUGGCCCAAUAGAUGUGCUUUUGACCAUGUGCUGGACAAGUGUGACAACUUCAGCGUUUGAUUUUACAGAUUUGGUUCACAGCGAAUGAGUCAGCUUCCUCUUACAAACAGCACAAGACAAGACCUGAUAAACAAAAUACUGAAAGUGCCAGACACUAAAAGGAAAAACCCUCAUUAAAAAAAACAAGAUAAAAUAAGCCACUAAUAAAAUCAAGAUAAAAAUGGAUUAACAUCAGUCAAUAAUAACAGAAAUAUUGGGCACUCCUGAAGUUCUUUGCAGGUAAUAUUAGAUUUAUCUUUUUCAUGUUUCCAUGUUAGGAAUCAAGGAGUUUUCUCCUCAUUAGCAUAUAGAUAGAGCUGUUAGCCUUUCAUAAUUUGCCAUUGCAUGAUGGUAUGGCCUGAUCACAAUAAACAGUAGAUGAUCUGGCCUUGACAAACCUUAUACCAAAUCACAAUCUGUGCUUUAAUUGGCGCUUUAAGCCAAAUGCUUAAGUGCAUCCUAGCGUGUUUGUUGUUGUGAAUCAGGGAUAAGUUUACACCAUGUUCCUCCUUAGUUCAGUUUUUUAGCAAGAUAUUGAUACUUUUUUUGUCAAAAGAUUGAAGUUGUGGGAAAAUGAAAGCUUUAGCUCGUAGACUGUCUUUCCAGAAAAGUCAAAAGAUCAUCUAAGAUUCCGUUGAUCCUGAGGCAAAACGAGCUUUCAUGUCAGUCUAUCUCAUAAUUGUUGAGGCAUUUCUUUAGAGGUUAAAAAAAGCAAUUUUUUACUUCUCUAGCCUACUUUCAGAGGACUGAUAUGUGAAAGUUUUGGUGAGAAGAACUGAUGAAGUGUUUGUGAAAUUGUUCUUGCUAAAUUCGGAAGUGAUAUUUUCACCUUAGAGUAACCUCUGGGUACUGUUCAAGAAAAACUAAGGCAGGGCUUAACAAAAACGCUUAAAUCUGAUAUGUUCAAAACUUUGUAUGGCAGUGUAUCUAUCAUCCGAUGUUGCAUUAACAUUGGUUCCUUGUUCAGACCUUGUGCCCCCAUCUUCAUUAGUGGUGUGGUAAUUAUACCCUUUCAGCAACAUUGUGCUCACAUCACAGCCACUCCCCCAGUCCGAGUCAGACUGGAAUCCAAUGUUGCGGUGACACCAUGGAAGGGGCUCAAACUGUCCGCUUGUGCUGAUGCUGUGUUAAUGUUUUGCUGUCGAUACCUUCUCUCCCCACCUGGAAGAGCCCGGCUGGGCCGGCUCCUCCUGAAAAAAGAAAGCCCAAGUCCAAACGAGUGAGGAUCUCCAUGGCGGUAAGAUUGUCUGCCGCCUAGAGACUGUUGCCUAGUAACCGUUGCCUUGCGACACGCACGUAGUGAGAGCUGGACCAAAAUAUUUGUGGUGAAAUAUUGAAGCAUUAGAUAGAGGGAGCGAGAACGGCUGUGUGUGUGUGUGUGAGAGAGAGAGAGAGAGAGAGAGGGGAGAGGCGGGUCAAUUUCUUCCAAGUGGUAAAAGGUUUGAUUGCUUUUUUAAUUACACUGAACCAAACGGUCUAUUGAAGUUUGAGAUUACUCGGUAAGUGGUGGUGGUGUGAUGGUGUGGGGUAUUGUUGUGUUUCUUUUUCAGUUCAUUAAAGUUAAUGGUGUCAUUGGUGGUGUUCGUAAAACUGUCUGGGUACACAUUGCUCUGUUUGAGCUACAAAUCAAACCGUCUCCUAACCUUUAUCCCAGAAACUCUGAUUUCAACAUUCUACAUUGACACCAAAAACACACCUUUUUUAAUAUAUUUAUUUUUGCAUUCUUUGAAUUAUUAUUUUUUUUAAACUACAAACAGAAACUCCUGGCUUUCUGGUGUUGGUUACAUUUUUUCUGUUUUCUGUUCUUGUUUAAAUGACAGCUCGGUUUAUUUCGACCUUCCUUUGUUGAGCUUUGUUGACCUUGAAUUAAUCUGUAUGGUUAUCCCUAUUUGGAAUUGUGUGCAGCAUUGAGAGCAACAAAACUGAACUCUUACGCCUCUCAUGUGCACACACACUUGGCCAAUAAAGCUGACUCUGAUUAUAUUCUCUCAGAUUGCUUGCAGUGUGUGAUGUGUUUAUUGCCAGAAGUCGUACAUUUUGUGUACACAGUGACGGCGUCCUUAGCCUCGAUAUUAGCGUAUUUCUCAUUCUAAUAUUUCCUUUUUUUAGGACUCUACUGAAGUAGAAGAUUGUAUGACCCCAUCAGAAGUGAGACUAUGUUGACAAAAAUUAUGCAGAGAAUAUAAAAAAUAAGAAUUUAAUGAUUAUCUGAUUAUAUAAAGUUGAUGUUCUUAUUCUCAUUGCAGAUUGCAGAGUGGGAGGAGCAGCAGCUGGAUGAACCGGUGGAUUUCAAGAACUGCAAGAUUGAUCCUGCCCCCUUCCAGCUGGUGGAGCAGACAUCUCUACACAAGGUACAAUAUAUAUAAGAUAACCAGAACCUUUUACAAUAAUUGCCUGUUUGUCCCCAUCGAUAGAUAAAAAUGAUUGAUAUUUACCUAAAAAUGGAAACAGUCAAAUAAAUAACCUCAGAGCAUAACUGUGACUUCAGUGUUUUUAAAAAUAUCCAUACUUACUUUCCAUAACUGGUUGUGCGUCACUGUGGAUGAUGACUGAUGUAGCAUGGUGUAUGACUCAUAACUGCCAGCAUGUCUUUUUGCUUUCUGUUGCAUUUUGGACAACUUCAACUUCUUUUCCUGUAGGACUGAUGCUCAGUUUGGUCAUAACCAUCUAAAACGGAUCUGAUUCUUCCUGGGUACCUUCUGAAUGUUGUUUUUACCCCCUUUCUCGGACCAUCUAAACACAGUACCUUCCUCUAAUGCUGCUGAGGAACGUGCUCAGGCCUGGAGUAAAUCUUUAUUUACCAGAAACGGGGAUUACAAACGCUGAAGCUGUUUACUCUCUGUUACUACUGUUGUAGUGUUUACCCACCCCUGCUACACGUUUUCAUUGACCCAGUGCACCUGGAAUCAGCUGUUCUUAUUAUUUUUAGAGUGUAUGAAGGAGUAUUCAGCCCACACAGUGCACACUUUCAGUGGAGUGCUUGUAAUAAAAUCAUCAAGUCAUAAGCUGAAGCUUUUAGUAAAACACCGCUACUGAUUGUUGUUUUUCUGCAUCAGCCUACAUAAGAAUAUGGGUCAUUGUUAAAAUUUAGAUACAGAACAAAAGCUUGAAGAAAGGCUCGUGCUUCCAGGUAAUGAUUAAACCCCGACAAGUGAUAGUGAUAUUUUAAACAGGGGAUGACAACACCUAAACCCUCUAACUUAAACACUUAUAAUUAAAAGGGUACCAGAACAUUUCAGAGCCAUGCCUCCCCUUUUAACCUCCUCCUGUGUCAGCUUUUACUGCGCACCCACUGUGUUAAGGGUCGGUUUCGACCCUCGUCUUAAAUUAGCUGUAAAUUACACUAAAAACAAUUCUCUAUCAUCCAAUUUGGUUCUCAUCUCUAGGUUACCAUGUUAGGCUUCAUUAUCCAUGAAAAUAUUGCUUAUAAUAUUUUUUGUUUUGGUCCUCUGGGCAUUUCUUUAUCAGUAUACCCCUCAUACAGACAUCUAUACUGAAUUGAUCUUGAUCUUGAUUUUGUUUUUUGUACAGAGAAAUACAUGGCAAAAUGAGAAUUUCCUAAAUCUCACAUGAUUGGAAGAGGAUCUGACUGUCAGUGAGGCGCCCGACAGUGCACAUGUGAUUUUAGAUUUGCUCUAAUUAUUAGAUAUUAAUCUAACCGGGUCAACUGCAACCUUAACACGACAAGUGCCAUAAUUUUGAUAAGAGCAUUUUAUGAUUUAGUUUAUUAAUUUUUUUUAUUUGUUGAAGUAUUUUGUUGAAGUAGAGGUUCCUGACAAAGUCAAAAAGUCUUGAUGUGAAACAGUCAAUAUAAGUAUUUCUUUUAAGCAUUUAAAAGCUAAAACAGGUCGGUGCAGACCCUGACACAGGAGGAGGGUUAAGAGAAGUGGCAGCAUGAUUGGAAAACACAAUGUCAUCUAAUCAGCCACAUUGUUCCCGCACUAAAAAGGAAAAGGAAAUAGAAAACCCAGCAAGACGGAACCAAGAUGUGGUGUCCUUGUUUAUAUUCUAAUGCCACCACUGAAUUAUAUACAGUGAUUUUAAUUUGUGCAUAUUGUGAGGAGUUUUUCUCCUUUUGCUAUUUAAACUCACACAAUCUUUUAACAGCCAUUAUUGACUACAACCAGUACUCACUGGUCUUUCCAAUUUAGGCUAGUUGUGAAAUUUUUACAGAUUGGAAAUAUUUGUUUUUUUCAUUGAAAUAUUUAAUUAGAUUCAAAAUGAAACACAAAAUGUAGCUGGCUCGACUUAAAUGAGUGUUAGCCGUAAGUGUUUUAAAUCCUGGGUCAAAUCUCUGUGACCUGUCGUGUCACCCGUUGGUUUCUGGAGAGUUGUUUUGAAGCCCUGUUAUGAUGGCUGCCAUGUUGGAAACUUAACUUUUAGUCAACUUAGAAACCAUAAACAGGCAAAUUGGUGCCAACUCCUCUGUGCCCCUGACUAUGCAAAUGUAUGUUUACUCUUUAUGGAUGUAUAUUUAAAAAAACACCCCUAAUACAGUGUCAACAAACAAAUGAGCUAGCACAUAACUGCUUUUUGAAUCAGUUGAUAAAUAUGUUCAGUUCUCUUAUUUUAACAGACUUUAAUGACCAAACAUAAAUAAAGAUCCUAAUGAGGGUUUCUUAGUUUUUGCAGCCUCGGGUGGAUACUUGAGGAACUGCAGUUAUUACACUAGAACACUGCAAUUAUUAUUCAUUACAGCAGCAGGUGCCAGAGACAGGUUGUCAGUGGUUAUAAACGUCCAAGUUCAGUCAAAAUCAGAACACAACUGAUUUCCUACUUUCACAGUAGGAAAGUAAAAGUUUGUGUAAGUUAUGAUAUUUUUUAUGAUAAUGUUCAAAUCAAAUCAUUUGACUAAUUACUGGUUGAAACCCUUGAGUCAGAGGUAAAACACCAGUUUAAUCACAAAUUCUGCAUAUUUAAGUUCUCUUAUGGAUACUAUCUUAUAGUUGAAAAUGAUAUGUUUGUAAUCUUCUGAAUUUUAUUGAAGGGUAUUGUUCUAAUAUUUUGGGGGGAUAAUUCUCUGGUUUUCCACUCUUGAAUAUAAACAGUAUGCACUCAACCUCCUUUUAACAGCUGGUUAAGGGGAAAUAGUCUUAUCUUGAAUAGAAAUGACAGAAAUAUCAUGCUGUCUCACCCUGAUACAAAGUUUGAAUAACCCUGACCCAGAAUGCAAACAAACCCACCACCACCCUCUUAAGUCUGUUUCCAGGUCAUGAUCCAUGUCUUCUCUUCUGCAGACUCACACCAUCUUCUCUCUGCUGGGACUGGAUCAUGCCUAUGUCACCAGCAUGGGACGCCUGGUCGGAGUGGUCUCUCUCAAAGAGGUGUGCUUGUUGUGUGACUUUUUUCAAUUAGCUUCUGAAAUGAGAACUGAUUUUAUAAACAAUAAUUAAUUCUCACUUUGUCCCUGUUUUUCUUUCUUUAUCUGUGUUACUGCCUCUGGAUUUCUGCCAUUUUCUGGCUUUGACUCUGUCCAGCUGCGUAAGGCUAUCGAGGGCUCAGUGACAGUGACUGGAGUAAAAGUUCGCCCUCCGUUGGCCAGUUUCCGUGACUCUGGGAACACCACAAAUGUAUCUGAGGUAACAGAACUACACAAGCUGUGCAUCCGCCACAGAGGGCUCUCUUUACCGAGGGAACCGAACCCUCCUGACGUGGAGGAUCAGCCAGAUCUCCAGUACAAAGAGAUCCCUGUCAACUUCUCAGACCAAUCAGAUUUGCAGUUUGAAACCAGCCACGGUGAUGUCAUGAACGAUUCAGCGGAGUUGGUGCUCCAAGAAAGCCCCUCAUUCACCGAGGACCCAUCAGAAUUUACUUUUGACUGCAGCCCCUCCCACACUGAGGAAACAGAACUGGCCUGUGACUAUGAACCCCCCAGCCAAACUCCUGAGCUAGAUGAAACAGAGCACGAACAGGGGAGUCCAUCUCCGAUAAAGGACCAAUCAGAGCCUGAGGGCGGGGGUAGCCCCACCCACUCCGGCGAUCAGUCAGAGUGAUCACUGGGUCAUUUCAUGAAUGUUGACGUUUCUUACACCAUAAGAGGUCACUUGCGCCUCACAGUCCAGCCUAGAUACAUGUUUCUAAUGUUGUGACAGGAGAGAGCAACUCAGAGUGAGCAUAAGUAGACUUGACAUUUAGUUAUGUGUCUCAGUAAUGUGUCGAUGUGUGGAUAAAGCUUGGUUUGUUCAAUAUUUUAACAAAUCCCAUGAGCAGACCCAAACAGACAACAAAUAUCUGUCUGAUUAUACUGCCUUGUCCUGGGCUCCUUUGUUUGAUAAAACCGCAUAUUUCUUUCCUUGUUUUACACUCAAAAGUCUAUUUCACGUAUUCAGUAACUCUCCCUAAGGUGCACCUUUAGCGGUCAGAGAGGGUGCUGCAUGAAAUGUUGUCAUUGACUGAGUGCUGGUUGAAAUUAGAAGCUGUUGUUCAGGGUUGUUUUGUGGUCAGCUUUCAAUCUCUCAGUCUCACGGGGAUAUCAUCGAUAACC